UCGUUGGGGUGUUCGAAUAUUCCAGACCGAUCGAUGAGGUCGUGGCUUCAGUGGCAUGGCUUGCAAGAUUUUUCAUUUAUAGAAGGAAACUGGUCCCGUGUAAAAAUAUCCGUAGAGAGUGCAUGAAACUUUCUUAAAAUCGUGCAAAACAGGAAUGGUAACACCUACUAACUUCUACAGGACAAGAAGCAACGACCAAGUCACCAUAAGAAGAAUAAAAAGUAAUUUAAAUUUAAUAUUUUUGUCUUUGUUUGUGUUGCCAGCACACGGCGUCUGGUGCAUUCUUUGCUUGCUGUCGUAUCUGCUAGGUACCAUAUUUUCAGUGUUCAAUAAGUAGCAAAAUACAUCAUUUACAGUUGAAAUUUGCCUUCUUUCUUUAAUUUCUUUUUUUAACUGUGGAUGAACGUUUGGAGAAUCCAACAGAAAAUAAAUCCUUUCAGAUUUUUUGGUGAAUUUCAGAAACAAAGGCGGUUUGUGUCUACUUGCGCUUAAUAUCAUCUUUAAUUUUAUCCCCGCAAAUUCGGCAAAGUGGAAGAGGCGAGAUGUUGAACGAGAAUAUCCAUAAGACUAUAAGUAAUCUUACCUUGAAACGAAAAACGGAAAAGGCUGGUAUUAAUGCAAAAAAACAAGAAAAUUGAUAACACGGCUCUGCCAUGUCCGCUCGAAACCCAGGAGAGGAACACUUGUUUUGGACGUCGGAAUUCAAAAAGUGUCUACCAAAGUUCUAGGUUAUUCCCACAUUCAACAGAAUAAAAGUUAAUCGAUAUGACAAUAGAGGAAAAAUAUCUAGAACUUCGUUAAACAUCUGUGAAUCCAAGAAAUAAUAGACACUUGUUCAACUACCUUGAGAACUGAUCAAAAUCUCGCCUGCAUCGUGUCGUUUACAAGGAGAAAUAAGCCACAAAAUGUGCUGAAUAUUUCACGAGGCACUUCUAAUAUGGCUUCCGAUACGCAGAAAUCUUAAAAAAAUAUUGGGUGUGCCUUAUUUAAAGUCUUCGAAAUAUGCAUGAGAGCCUCGAAACAGUAAAACUCCCUGCCUCGUACCCAGACGUCUCUCUCUCGACGAAAAUGUGCGCACAAAGGAAGGCGGGAGGGAGACAACGUUCUGGCAGAUCUUGUUUUCAAGAUGGCGGCAAGAGUACUGGCGGACGAAUAUGCAAUUUUUAAAAUAAGUCCAGCCAUGUUCAUUUUUCGGAUUUAGAGAAAAUCAUUCCCUAUCCACAUCGUGUGUAUGAAGUCGAAGCUGUUUUCACCCCACACAUUGGACUCAAGCAUCAAGCAUCAUAACAUUUUCUAGUACCGAACUUUAAAUCGAAAAACUACUAGCCGCGGACGAGGCAGUACUGCCUUCAAUUUAAUGAAACUGCCUCACGCCAAGGUAACAGCCGGUCAGAAAAGUUAGUAAGUUAGAAAUCGUUUCUGUUAAUGUCCCCAGUGAUGAAACGAUCUCUUCAGUCGAAAUGAAAAUGGCGAGCUGAGAAUUGUUGCAACAGCCAAAUGAAGCGAGAUAUUUUGUAAAGCUUUAAAAUACUAUUUGCUGCACGCUAUAUCUUGAGCACUCGAAAAGGCAACAAGAUAACCAGUAUUGUCUCAAGCCCUCUGAGUUAUGUUAUUAAAUAGAUAUUAAUUUUUUUUUAUAUGUCUGUCUCAGGAUAUCACAUUGUGUAUCAUUUGCUCUUCACAAUUUAAGCUUAUGCACGUAAAGGAAAAACAACCACAAAACUAGCUUAAGGUUUUUUUUUUACUUGCAUUUUUUAUUUUUCGACUUCCUCACAGGAUACUAGACUUGUCACUGCAUGCACAGCCCGAUGUAAAUAAAUGCUACUUUCUUUUUAUUUAUAUACCGCAUAUUUUAUGAUGAAGCAGUGUCGAAUGUGCAGCAAAUACUCAUUGUCUGUAUUGUUUUUUUAUUUGUUUUUGUGAUAUUAGAGAGUAGACCAAUUUGGUUUUGCUAUGCUCUUUUAUAACACAUCCGUGCCAUUUUAGAGAAUAAUGAUUGCAUUGUCGUAAUGCCAACUGGUGGUGGAAAGAAUGGGUGAAUAUCAUGAAGUUCUUGGGAUUCACCAUUGUUGUUACACCUGUGAUUGCUUAUACAUGGUCCCUUUCUUGGCAAACCUGUGGUAGCAAAAAAUUCCCUUGAAAAGUCUUCUGAAGGAGUAGGUUUUUUGACCUGCUUUGGAGUUGCAGAGGAAUACCAGAGCAUAUAAUAAUUGUCAAUGAGCACAGAAUUGCCAAAUGAAUGAACGUUAAAUUAAGUAUACUUUAGAUGGUUCUGCAGAACUACUAACCCCCAACCCCCUUCCUAGAAAUUUUAACUACAAAAUUAUAACCAAGAUACAAGCAUCGAAUGGAAAGAACAGUAAAAACAGGCCCCUGGACAAACUAGAAGAAUAUGCAGUAGAUUUGAAAACACUACAUUUUUAGUAGGCUGAUGUCAGGUCUAUUAACAGUGUCAAGCAAUGAAAAAUGCCAGCUGUUUUAAGUAAAAACCAGACGCUCAGCCACGCAAAACCCUCACCCUUUUCCCUUGCUUCCACCUCACCCAGAGCAAUAAAAAAUAUUGCUUCUAUUCCUUAAAUUAGUGCCACUGGACAUUGAAUUGAUGUAUGUUUUAUGAACUUCUGCCGUGAUUAUGGAACUGAGAUGUCGUCAGGUCAUUGAACUAUGGUCAGCAAAAGAGAAACCUGCACCCCUAAUCCAACUUAAACUCGAUCUAGCUGUCUUGCCCAAAGUAAUAAACUACUUUGCUCCUAUAAUUCCUUUAUUUUGGACAAUGGAUAUUGGGUUGAUGUGUGUUUUUUGAGCUAAUACUGAGAUAAUAGCAUUUGUACAAUUGCCCCUUCCCCUCAGAAAAAAUUGCUGUACACGGGCUACUACGAGAUUAUUGAACUGGCAUGUUGUCAUUGAACUGACUUCUGGUAAAAAAGGGUUAGCCCGUUUCCGGGCCUUCUUUUACAUUUGUGUGCCCCAAUAAAGUUACAUUGAGACUACAGACCUAGAGUUUGAAUGAGAUGUAGUAGUGUGUUAAUUGAACCAUUGUGUUUUAGCAGAACUAUAUACUUAAUUCAACCUUUAUUCAAACAUUUUUGUCUUGCAAUAGGCGUGACAUCAUGCCAGGCGUCUAGCUCAACAAAAUUAGUGGUGUAACGAUUAAUCGAAUUCUCGAUUAAUCGCGAUUAUGACCAUUCGGUUCGAUUUACGAGUUCUUUGCUUCCAGGUUUCGAUUUUGGUUUGAUUUUUGCACACCUUUUCCAUGGUGCCCUCAGCGAGUUACUAUAUGCUGAAAUAAGAAUCCAGAACUCUUUAAUGUGCGUCUUUGAUUGACGAGCAAAGACAAUAGCAGUUCGUGCGCCAUUUUGUUUUCCCUGGUAAAAUGCUGUCCUUCAACCUCCCCAUGCGAAUUUCCAAAUAAGGCAAACCAUGUGCGCCCUUUGUCAGGUUCUCCAACAUGACAACGAACCAGGCCACUGUGAAUCCUCCUAUCCCUGUUACUAUUCUAAUUUUGAGGGUUUAGGGUUCCAUUUGGUUUACAUUACGCGUUAUGUUGUGGUUAGCGUUAGAUAACAUCGAGUGAAGCCAUAUUGGACACCUUAUGAAUUUUACACAACGCAUUAUUUCCAUGAUGGAACGAGACCGGAAUGUAGAAUGAGGCUGGAAUAGCUGAAGAAACCCAAACUACAGAGCGCCAGUUAUGGAGAGAACACAGUAGAGAGUUAAGAGGCGAUGUCUGUAAGGAUCGAGCAAAGUUGGAAAUCGGGCCAAAAAUCACAACUUUUGAAACUUUGUCAGAAUAAAGCUUUUGACAUGCCUGAUUGAAUGACAUAAUACGUUUUCUUCAAAACUCAAAAUUGUUAUUUUGGGACGUGUUCACUUUGAGCGGACAUUAACGGCUGUGAAAACUGAAAAAAAAGCAACAUUUGAAAAAUCGGUUAAAAAAUUCCAAAAACUAUGUAGCCAGUGAGACUUAAUCCAGAUCUUAACACGAAUCUAGAGAUAUAAAAAAUAUAUAUUCCAUUGGGACCCGUUAUUUUUUUGCCUAGAAAAUGUAUGUUCAAAGAUGGCUCCUUUUUCCUUACACUUGUUCAACCAGGGACUAUGCUAUGGUUCCCGGGAAAUAUCUCUAGAAGUAGAUGGACUUCGGAAAAUUUGUUUACACUGUUUGAAAGUACUUAUAUUGGUGCAGUUUUUGUUAUAAAAAUUUCCUCGGGCAGUCAUAUUGUGUUGACAGGAGAACGACUCAAUAAUGCCGAAAAUUCGAGUUUUCACGAGACGCCAUUUUGGGUGACACAGACAUGGGGACUGGUUACGAGUUUUAUCGUAUCCAGCUACGGCAGUAAAGACACUAUAAAAUAACAGAACUUGGUAAGUUUAAUAUUUUCCGGAGGUAUAUCUGAUUUAUGACUGGUUUUGGUCAUUUUAAACGCAACGAGCCAUGCAAGGAUGAUGUUGCAUUACUGAUGAAAGAGUCUUUUCUUUAACUUUUCAGCAACUUUCUCACAGAAGAACUCUCUCUUUGCUUACAAAUGCCCUUUCAUUUAAUUUGUAGGUAAAUACCCCACAAUUUGUUUUUCAAAUUACAUGUCAUCGGAUAAUAUACAGGUUUUGUUCGGGAGUGGGGGGUUAGAAAUAACUGGUGACUUCAAUUAAAUGCGGUAAAAAAAUCUUGAUCCACGAGAAAAGCAUAACAAAUUUGGUUCCAGAGUAGGACCUUUUGGUCCUAUGUUAUAACCUAGAACCAACGCCCCCUACCCUCAGUCCGUAAGGCGAGGGAGUCACAUUUGAUAAAUAAGGCCAUGACUCUUGAACCUAAUGGCCUAAACCGCCGUGAUGAAUUAUUGUAACCUAUAUCCUUGUUAGUUGUUCUUUUCUUUUUUAUGUUGUACGUUAUUUCCGCCUCCCCCUUUUAAACAAUUUUUUUGCGACAUCCUCCAACUCUAUAUAAUAUUGUAAUGUCCAUCAUAAAUUCAGUAACAUCUGUAAACCUACAGAAGAAGGCUGGUAUGGCCCGCUGAAAUAUUGUUGUAUAAAAACAGUACACCUUGUUAAUCAGCCUUGCAGUAGUCUUUGGACUUCUCUUUUUUUGUUUUCAGUAAUAUUUUAGCUGAUUAGAUCUCUUAUCUAGAGAUCCAACGUUAACAACCAGCGGGAUCUUUGUCCACCGCUUUUGCAGUAAUUAUAGUUACCAGAAUUACUGCUUACAGGAGCACCUUUUCAAAAAUUCAACAAUCGCAAUAGAAUAGACAUUCUUCUUUCGAGCUUUAACUUUAAUGGAAAAGUGACUAACUAUGGAACGCAUCUGAGUGAUCUUGAGGCUUUCGAUCUCUGACUCUGUCAUCAAGCACAGGUUUUUGCCAGAGAAAAGCAAGGGAUGAGUGAUUUCCUGCCGUAACACUUCCAUCACAUCUGAGUGGACGGCCGCCUGCUGCCUCGCAAAUUCUUCAGCCUCAUCAUCGGAGUCGGUGGCAUCUCUUCUCUUACAUGCCAUCCUAGAGAAGAACGAGGUGAUUUGUUGUGGACGUAGGAACUCCUUUACCGUGAAGAUUCGCUUCCCGCUCUGAUCUCUCAAACAUCUCAUCUCCUUCGCGACGUCAUCUGGGUUUGCUUUAAUCCCCUUAGUCUCGCCAUGCUUAAACUUUUCCUCCAAGUACCUCCUUUGCUUGGAAUUAAACCGAUGGCGUGGCAUGGCGGACUCCCGACAAGCCCAUCCCUCUGGCAGACAAGGGGAACCACUGUGUAUUUCUGUAUCCGGUGUCGUCACUUCAGGAUGGCUCCCUCCAGCCUCAAGACGCUCUGCGUAACUGACCUUCGCUCGAUCAAUAAGUGAGACACUCUCGGCCCGACGGAAUUGGUGUUUACCGUACAUGAGGUGCUGCUCCAGCCGUCCGUAUGUCAUGUAGGACUCGGUGCAUCCGUCCUCUGGGCAUGGAAACAGGAGACUAUCAGCUAGGUUGGCAUUUGCUUGUUGGGUUAUUUCAGCGGUAGAGCCCUCCUUGAGUAGGCUAUCUGUAUGGGAUGUCGCCGGCUUUGGCUGUCUGGGUUUCACUGACACAAACUCUCCUUUCCCUGGCCUUUCAGCUAUCCAUUCGAACUGGUUAUCGUGUGGUAUUCCUGAGAGAAAAGACCAAAAUAAGCACGUUUUUAUUAAUAAGGGUAUAAUUUAUGAUAUAGUGGCAUGGGGUUAUAGCUUUAUUGUUAAGUGUUACCAUGCAUCCCCUUUGAGAACAAAUGGGUAAAGUGUGCGUGCUAUGAAACCAGUAUAAUGUAGCGGACUGAGAUCCAUUUUAACACGAACGCGAGUAAUUUUCCUUUACCACCUCUUGGUUGAACAUACCUGAAAAUGACGUCCAGGAUCGGAAAUUCCCUGCACCAAUACCGUACGCCUUGAAGGCCUUUACACCCGCUGCCGUGAUCUCGAAGUUGGACAAACUACUGAUGCCUUCCCACUUGAUACUCUUUGUUUUCACUGUGGUCUUGGGAACAGGAACAACCGUAACUCGCACACCCGCAAUGCCCUCAUCGGACUCUAUAGCCCUCUUAAGGUCAGCAGGUGUUGUGACGGAGUGACCUUGGUUGAUGUAUUGCUUCACGUGCGUCUUGAUUUGCGCUGCUUUCCUAUCGCAUGGACCUUUACCACCUUGUGGAUCACUGAAAUCAAUCCGGUAGAGAUCCAUGUUGGUUCUCUCUUGCAGUAUUUUGCUGGCUAAAAUUGUAUUUGCGCAGUGAUAGCAGCCUGCGUUGUCUUGGCGGUAGACAGCUCUGGUUAACUCGGAGUGUUCCUGCUUCAACGUUUUCAGUACAUGCUCCAUCACGGUUACUACUGUGUGGCUGUCCUGUAGACCCGACUCAAUUAUGUGCACAAACGUCAGCGCGACCAGCUCCCCUCGCUGUUUGCUCUGACAAACUGUCAAGUGCCAAGAGAUACCUCUCUUACCAAAGAAAUCAGCCUGCGUUUCCCUGUACUGGGUGGGUAAGAACUUCAUGGCGAAAUCCUGUGUGAUCGGGACCGAGUCCUCCUGAAGACUAUCGAUGAUAUCUGUUCUGGCUGUAUCCUGGUUAACCAUGCGCAGCUGGUGAGCCUUCCAGGAACGGACUCCGUCACUUGCGGUUCUUGCAUUAAAUAGGAGGUCAUCCUGAAGGUCCUGCGGGAGGUUGGUUGACUGGAUAAAGGACAAAACUGAGUCUAAAGACUAAAAGAGAUAUAAGAUAUAAUUAGAUAGAAUUAUCUUGCCCUAGGCCGGGCUUACUUAUUAUUGGCUACAUACAGUCUUCAAGGUCUCGCAGCUCUCGCAACGUUGAUUAUGUUGGUGAUCACAGUGGUGGCGAUAGCUCUCCUUUUUAGCAUCACUGAGUGCAAAUACUCUGCAGUGGUCAGGAAUAGUACUAGCCAAGGAGCAGUGGAUCUGUGAACUAGACAAUCAUGCUGUUACACCUUCACACAAUGAAAAUGCAUGUGCAGACUCUAUAUAGGCACUAAUCAUUUACCUUGUAAUCACUUUUGAUGUACUGUUUUAGGUAUCUAAAGUUGUCCUUGAGUUCUGCAAUUACAGCCUCAUUAGCCCCAUAUUUCACCAGGGUGUCAAGGAGCGAUAAUAAAUCAUCAAAUCCGCGCCCGCCUUCUGCUGCGUAGCUGUCUAGCCCCUGUAAACUCUUUCGAACUGACGCCACACAUGCCUCAGACAAAAUUCUAAACAGCGUACGGCUCGAGAGUGGAGCGUAAUUCACUUCACUGCAAUAUUGAUUAUAUUACUUGAUCAGACGAGAUGGCAACAUUGUCCUUAUUACAUUGGGAAUGUCGAUCUUUGUGCCGCUGCUUAAUGUCAGGGUUUUCCGACCAAAUGGGAGGUCCUGGACGAUUGUAGAAGACGUGAUAAAGUCCAGAAAGUGAUCUAUUUUGGCAGGGUCCACUUUUUCUCUUAUCUGUUUGGCCUCCGACUGUACAGUAAGUCCUGCGCCUACCUCAAGCGCGUAUCUUCUUGCCGCGGUGAACUCAUAUCUUGUUAGUCGAGGUAUGUAUGCUACCAGUUCUGCAUAAGUCACUUUACUGGCCACGAGACUUAAUAGUUGGCGCCUUGUCUUGGAUGUGUCCGCUUGCUUGUAAGACUCCACUACAGCUAAUAGUAGAUCACUGCCAUUAUGCACAGACCCAAGGAGGUGGCUAACUUCGUUCUUUCCUCUCACUGCCUCCCACAAUUCUGGAGCGGACUGCGGCGCUACGGUUUUUAAGACCUCUGAGAUAAUUGUACUAGCUUUACGGAUGUAGCAUUCACGUGUUUUCGAGGUGGCAUCAGUCCAUGGACGCUUCAUAAUAGACCCAAGAGGCCCAGUACUGCACUCAUCCACAAACCAUUGCAAUGCGGCUACCUUACCUUCGUCAGUGUUAUCUGGAGGUUUAAGGUAUUGCGCACACGUAGCUUGGCUGAUGCUGUCAUCAAGUGUUGACGUUGUGGACUGCGUCUCCUCCUGGGACGAGGAAGGCUGGAAUAGACUGCUGUCAGGGCUAAAGGCCAAAUGCUCAAGAUCUCGUGAAAUCUUUUCUAUUCCCUGUUCUUGAUUAAAUCCUGGGAAGCUUACCUUACUGGCUCUAGAAACGCCCUCAGUGGCAUACGUUAAAAAUGAAAACAUAAUGUAAACUAUUACACAAGUGCUAGCAGACAAUGGCAUAACAACCUCUUCCGUGGGUUAUACGACAACUGUCUUCAUUCGGCAUUCUUUACAAAGUUUGGAUGUCGUUUUGCAGGCCCUUCUUUAAGAGUAAAGCUAUUACCUCAUAUUUCUUCUCUCUUGAAACGUGUAAUGUUUUUAUAAAUAAUUUUUACUAUUGUUUAUAUUGUUAUCAUCAUUAGUACCAUUAUCAUAAUCACUAUCAUUAUAACUAUUCUUUCACAAAAUUGGCCAGGGCGAUGCGCUUUCUCUUUUUUUCCUGCCCUGUCCCUUGAUUUGUCCACGCCUAACGCAACGACUGGGUACGAGUCUGCCCCAUUACUAGCUUAUCGCCACAGGUUACGCAACACAAUAGUUGCCUGCGGCUUUAUAGUUGUUGAGGAGAGGAAAAAAAACGAAAAGAGAAGGAUCAGCCGGCUUAACAGCCAUAAGGAAUCCACUAUAGUCAUUACGUUCACUAUUUUCCCUCACCUCUUGUGAAUUCUUUUGAUGUGUUGUAAUGCUUGUGUUCAGCUUUUCACGACACUGCCGACAGAUUGCUUAAAGAAAGAUAACAUUCGAGAAGGGCUUUGUUAGUGAAUACGGUAGUUUGUGCAACAUUUCUAAUAAAGAAAAAUAAUACGGUUGAAUACCUGAGCCGAUGGGUAUAAGUGAUCCAGUCCUGUUGAAGAUUUCCUCUGACAGCUUCCUACCAUAACGAGCCGCACCGUCUUAGCAACCAAAAAAAUUUGUUUAUCAAGCUGAGAUAGGGGACUAAAAGUCCCCUAUCUCAGCUGGAUACUCAGAAGCUUGUAACAUUCACUAUUCCAUUUAUCUCUGAUCAUAUUUCGCAUCUAAUACGAUAGAGGCGUCAAUUUUCGCGCCAUCAUGUCAUCAUUCUAGGGCGAGAAAUUUAAUUAAAGCGCGGCAUUCAACAAAUGUACGGCUCAAGUUUCGGCUAAAAUUAUUCAGUGCCGUCAAAGAAAAAAACAUAUUAUUAAGGUCUGCGUAUAAAGUCGAUCACAUUGCUAACACAGACAAAAACGCUUAAAUAUCUCCUACAAAAUGAACGGCUUAGUUUGUUUUUUCUAAGGGUCAAACUGCUACUAUAUAUCCCAGAAGCGCUCAGGCAUAAUAAUAUGCCAGGACUUCUACCUGGAUGAACCAGAAAGGAUAUAGAACAACUACCUAUUUUUUUUCUUUUUACGGCUACGGGUCGAAAUGCUAAACGUGUUAUAUAUCCUAGAAGCGCUCAGGCAUAAUAAUAUGCCAGGACUUCUACCUGGGUGAACCAGAAAGGAUAUAGAACAACUGCCUAAUUUUUUUUUACGUUUACAGGUUGAAAUGCUAAACGUGUUAUAUAUCCUAGAAGCGCUCAGACAUAAUAAUAACAUGCCAGGACUUCUACCUGGAUGAACCAGAAAGGAUAUAGAACAACUGCCUAAAUUUUUUUUUUACGGCUACGGGUUGAAAUGCUAAACGUGUUAUAUAUCCUAGAAGCGCUCAGGCAUAAUGAUAUCAUGCCAGGACUUCUACCUGGAUGAACCAGAAAGGAUAUAGAACAACUGCCUAAAUUUUUUUUACGGCCACGGGAUGAAAUGCUAAACGUGUUAUAUAUCCUAGAAGCGCUCAGGCAUAAUGAUAUCAUGCCAGGACUUCUACCUGGGUGAACCAGAAAGGAUAUAGAACAACUACCUAAUUGUUUUUUACGGCUACGGGUUGAAAUGCUAAACGUGUUAUAUAUCCUAGAAGCGCUCAGGCAUAAUGAUAUCAUGCCAGGACUUCUACCUGGAUGAACCAGAAAGGAUAUAGAACAACUGCCUAAAUUCUUUUUUACGGCUACUGGUCGAGAUGCUAAACGUGUUAUAUAUCCUAGAAGCGCUCAGGCAUAAUAAUAUGCCAGGACUUCUACCUGGAUGAACCAGAAAGGAUAUAGAACAACUGCCUAAAUUUUUUUUACGGCUACGGGUCGAGAUGCUAAACGUGUUAUAUAUCCUAGAAGCGCUCAGGCAUAAUUAUAUCAUGCCAGGACUUCUACCUGGAUGAACCAGAAAGGAUAUAGAACAACUGCCUAAAUUUUUUUUUUUUUUUACGGGUCGAAAUGCUAAACGUGUUAUAUAUCCUAGAAGCGCUCAGGCAUAAUGAUAUCAUGCCAGGACUUCUACCUGGAUGAACCAGAAAGGAUAUAGAACAACUGCCUAAAUUUUUUUUUACGGCUACGGGUCGAAAUGCUAAACGUGUUAUAUAUCCUAGAAGCGCUCAGGCAUAAUGAUAUCAUGCCAGGACUUCUACCUGGAUGAACCAGAAAGGAUAUAGAACAACUGCCUAAAUUUUUUUUUACGGCUACGGGUCGAAAUGCUAAACGUGUUAUAUAUCCUAGAAGCGCUCAGGCAUAAUGAUAUCAUGCCAGGACUUCUACCUGGAUGAACCAGAAAGGAUAUAGAACAACUGCCUAAAUUUUUUUUUACGGCUACGGGUCGAAAUGCUAAACGCGUUAUAUAUCCUAGAAGCGCUCAGGCAUAAUGAUAUCAUGCCAGGACUUCUACCUGGGUGAACCAGAAAGGAUAUAGAACAACUACCUAAUUGUUUUUUACGGCUACGGGUUGAAAUGCUAAACGUGUUAUAUAUCCUAGAAGCGCUCAGGCAUAAUGAUAUCAUGCCAGGACUUCUACCUGGGUGAACCAGAAAGGAUAUAGAACAACUACCUAAUUGUUUUUUACGGCUACGGGUUGAAAUGCUAAACGUGUUAUAUAUCCUAGAAGCGCUCAGGCAUAAUAAUAUCCCAGGACUUCUACCUGGAUGAACCAGAAAGGAUAUAGAACAACUGCCUUUUUUUUCUACUCGUCGAAGUUCUAAACGUGUUAUUCUUAGAAGCGCUCAGGCUUAAUAAUAUGCCAGGUUUCCAGCGAAUGAUUUUGCGGUGCGCAGGAAUGGACAAUUUACCCGACUUGUAAACAGAUAUUUCCUUCAGCCGAUUGUGUCUCAUGCAGGAGAAUGUCAUGUCUGCGUUGUUUUGUUUCUACUGAAGUUUUAUCAAAGAAAGCUCUUAAGCGAAAAUAGGGAGAUCGCAAUUUAUACUCUUACGAACUAUAAAUUAGGGCUGACCUGUAAGACGCGUUGAAUUGUGCCGCCAUCCUUCAAAAUAUAACCUGGCUGCGUUUAGGGAGACAAUUUCCUCUUCCAUCCAGAUGUACUUGGUAUACGUGUUUGCGCGAAUCUUCAGACGAAGAAUUGGGUAUACACUGAUUCGAAUGGCUUGGCGAUACUAAGUGCUUAAGUCUACUUACCGAUUACAACAUGUUUUGGAAGUAUUGAGAAGCCCGCCAAACGAAGUUGUCACAGCGUUCUCGAGCGAACACGGCGCGACCUGGAUUGAUAAAAAUUACCAUUGCAUGCAGGUAUCAUGCCAGUGAUAUCUCCUUUCGCCGCAUAGUGAAUAGUUUGUGAGCACAUCCUCGACUCUCGAAACAUUUGUCUUGCGCCGCUACAGAAGUUGCUUCUCCCGCGAACCAUAAGUAGAUUUCCCGCUUAACAUCAUGUUUGAUAAUUUAUGCAAAAGUUGACCUCGUGGAAGUCAGCAGUGCAUUAAGACUCAAAAAUAAACAGACUUCCUACAGGGUUUUGAACACGGUUUUAAUUAAAGUACUUUACGAGCGCUGCGGUAGUUGACCGCAAAAGUGUUACGGUGAUGGAUACUCAACGGGAUGAUUACGUCACUUCAUAGCAACCAGACGGUACUCUGGUGACUCCUAUCUUUAAAAAAGGAUCAAAAUCUGACCUGAAUAACUAUAGACCAAUUUCUGUAUUGCCAAUUGUCUCAAAGCUAUUCGAGAAAAUUAUCUAUCAACAACUCUACGAUUACCUAGAUAAAAACAAACAUUUGAAUACUUAUCAAUCCCGGUUUCGAUCGCUCCAUAGCACCAUGACGGCGCUACUUGAAUCAACGAACAACUGGUCUAUUAACAUAGAUAACGGCCUUUUAAAUGGUGUGGUAUAUAUCGACCUUAAAAAGGCUUUUGACACCAUUGACCAUGCAAUUUUGUUACAUAAACUUGCAAACUAUGGACUUGAUCUGGGUUCCCUACGAUUCUUUGCCUCCUACCUAGGUAACAGGAGCCAGAAAUGUUAUGUUAAUGGCGUAUUGUCCAGUGCAAGCGAACUAAGAUGCGGAGUCCCACAGGGUAGUAUUCUCGGUCCUUUGUUCUUCUUAAUCUAUAUAAACGAUCUUCCAAACUGCCUUAAUUCAGCAUGCGCUAAAAUGUUCGCAGAUGAUACAACUAUUACCAUUUCUGGUUCCUCUCUAGCUGACCUUGAACAAGAGACUAACUUAGAACUACUGAACCUUCACUGUUGGCUAAAAGCCAAUAAGCUUAGUCUUAAUGUUGCGAAAACCGAGUUUAUGGUUAUUGGCUCUCGCCAGAAGCUUCUCGCGGAAAGCCAUAACGAAAUAAACAUCAAACUAGAAGACCAAGUUAUCAGCAAUGUUGAUCACGCAAAAUCAUUAGGUCUCAUUAUUGACAAUCGGCUUUCCUGGUCUAAUCAUGUUAACGAAUUGUGUAAGAAGGUAACUUCGGCUAUAGGUGCCCUUAGACGUAUUAGGCCCCUUAUCUCCCAAUCUACUGCGGUACUAGUCUAUAACUCCUUAAUUCAACCUCACUUUGAUUACUGUAGCCUUGUUUGGGAUGGCUUAAGUGAUCAACUGAGUGACAAAUUACAAAAGUUACAGAACCGUGCAGCUAGAGUAAUUUUAAAGGCCAACUAUGGGACUAGCUCGAGCCUGCUUCUUGAUAUACUUAAAUGGGACAAAUUAGUUAUAAGGAGAAAGAAGCAUAAAGCAAUAAUGAUGUUUAAAUCUCUAAAUGAACAAGCUCCAGUGUACUUGCAGAACCUAUUUCACGAACGAAGCACAGACUAUGAUUUGCGCAAUUCCUUUCAUAAAUUGACGUUGCCCAGGCCGCGUACUAACUACUUGAAACGAAGUUUCAGUUACAGCGGUGCUUUGUUGUGGAACUCUUUACCCGAAAAUGUGAGAGAAACUAAAUCAGUCAGGAAAUUUAAAGAGCAAAUCAAACAUGUAUUUGAGUCGUCGGACUCUCACUCGGCAGUCUUGUAAAACAGUAUGUCGAUAGUUUUUAGUCUAAUUAAUUGUGAUUAGAUUUUUACUCUAUUAUUACUGAAGAUUUUACCGAGUUUUAAAUAAAAAAUCUACCUACCUACCUACCUACGAAUUUUUUAACUUCCGGAGCGCUGAGGCUCGUAGUGGAUAGUGCGAUCACCCGUGUGAUUUUUUGAGCGGUGAGAUGCGACCCCCUCCGGUACCUGGCAAAUCUUCUUACGCCCUCUCCAUUUUAAACCAAAGGUAUCUCGAUGUUUUGGACAUACCAUGAAGUCUACUUCAGCGGUUCCCGAAAAUACUCCUAAUACAAAUUUAAGUCGACCAUGAACAUCCCUUCAAUGACAGAUGUAAGAGAUAUGAAAAUGUUCUCACCUGCUCUCAGUAAAAUCAACUCUUUCUCAGACAACACGUCCUCUCCACGCAUUUUCAACAUUUCCAAGUGACCCGUAAUAUCGCGCUGACAAUCACUUAACGCUUGAUAUUCGUUAAUUACUGUAUCCUUCACAGUAACUGAACCGCACUCUGUACCAGAUAGCUUUCCAAUCCCGCAUUUAUACAUUUUUUACGAACAGAGAUCUCUGCGAUUCACUUGUUUUAAGUUAGCGUGAUAGUGGGAAUGUUUGUAAGCGCCGCCCCCAACUUUCGAGCACGUCUGGCGAUCUUUUAACAGAUAAGUCUUCGCAGAUGAUUGGCAGGUGGACAGAAGAGUUUUUCGCGUUAAUAAAUAUAAUGGCUUGAAUUUUAAACUGUCCUCCAGGAAAACAAGGGUUUCGAAAGAACAUGAUAUUAUGAAAUAGUAUCCGGUAAAGUGUUUCCCGGGAAAGUUACGAACAAGUAGAAUCUAGAUUGUUUGAUGCACCUGUAAUUAAUCAAGCGUGACAAAUGCUUUAUUGAAUUACAGCGCUAAACUUUGCGGGUACUUUCCCACGCAUGCAAAGUGAGGCAACCUUAAAAAUCUGUCGAAGGGGACUGGAGUCCGAAUUCAAAGAUUUCCCUCUAGAUUAAGAUGAAGCUAACAUACAGAAAUGAAAUGAUGUGCCAAGUGAAAUUUCUUCAAUGUAAAUACUCUCACGUGACAUGCAAACAUCUUUUCCCAUACAGGAUGUCACAGUGAAUUUUCCAAGACGACUAUAACGAGGCAAAUGUUAAAGCUACACUCUUGACAUACAAUUUAAAGCGGUAGAUUAGUCCUUCAUACAACUACAGGCCAUUCACAAUCAAUGAUCGAAAAAUUCAUGAAAGUUUUUAUUGGAUUAAAGAAAAGUUGCUCGUCUGUUUGACAAGAUGCGAAGGUUUUAAGCUGCACCAGCGUAGCAAGGGACGCAGCGGGUAAAUCUAUCAGACUUGACGCACUAGCAGGGCAAUAAAAACAAUGUACAUAUUGGUUAGGAAAUAAAAACACAUUCAAAAACAAAUAAACAAAGCAGUUUUUGUCAAAUUGCAUAGUUUAUUACCAGCUUUUGUAUUUUCGUCACACCAACCCUCGCGACAGACAUUCAGAGAGCGUCUCAAAAAAAGUCGAAUCUUGGGCACUUUUGAGGCGCUCUCCUGGAAACACACAGAGACUGCCCGCGGAACUUUUUAUAUCAAAAACUUCACCAGCAUAAGGCCUUGCAAAAGGUAUAAAAAAAUUGCUCAAUCUCAGUCUACUACUCGAGAUAUACCUCGUGAUAUGCAGCAUAGCCCAUGACUGUACGAGUAUUGAGAAAAAGAGAGUCGUCUUUCAACAUGAUUUUGUUGGAAAAAACAUUAUUGAUCUGAACAAUAUAUACAUAGAUGAAAUUGAUAGAUCACUUCUAACAACUGAAUUAAGUUUCAUUGGCUACAAAGGUUUUGGAAAUUUUUUACGGAUUUUUCAAAUUUUGAUUUUUUCCCACUUUUUAAGCAAAAAAUGACUCCUAAAAGUAAACACAUCUCUAAAGGAAAACAUUCAGUUUAAGACAAAACAAAUUAUGCCAAUGAAUCAGGCAUAUGAUAGACUUUAUUCUGACAAAGUUUCAAAAUUUGCGAUUUUUGGGCCAAUUUCCAACUUUGCUCGAUCCUUACAAGCAACGCCUCUUAAGCACUGAUCUGAAGUGAUUAGGGUUAAGCACUGAACUGAAAACGGUUAGGUUUCAAAUAUUGUAAUGGGGUACGGCAUAAGAACAUGUAUGUUUUGAAAAUUAUUGGAUCUGGCAGCUAGUCCUCGAUGGUGUAGUGGAUAUGGAUGUAGGCUAUAAAGCAAGUGACCCGGGUUCAAAGCAUUACAGGGGAUUGUUUCUAUUUUAUUUUAUAUUACACAGUAAAGUUGGACUUAAGUUGUUCUUCAUGUAAUUUUACUAAUGCUAACCUUCAUUCAGAACAGUACGCGAACACAAGUAUGGCAGUUUUGAUUAGACGUGUUCUUUUUGGGGACAAAGAAAAGUUUUAAAUGCAAAAUUUACCUUCGAGGACUUCGACCUUGUUUCUUUCACGCCAGAGCACUUGUCUUUUUCAGAACUGCGACCAAGUCAUGAGCCGUUUUACAGAAUAUUCAGGUAAACUUACAUUUAACACAUUGUGCUCAAGGAAAGAACGAUAUUGAAAGGAAAUUUAUGUAUUUAUAAUGUUUCAUAGACGUUUUAUAUAUUUUUGAUAGAAAAUUGGCAAAUGCGCCCUAUCUGAGACAGAUAACUUUAGUGUUUAUUUUUGCCAUGUGCUCAGCCGAUUUUACUUGUGGGAACGGAUCCUGAACUUAUGGGUUUUCGAAUGUAAAUUUUCAAGAAACAAUUUUUUGUUUAUUAUUUUCUGUUUGUUCAUUCAUAACAUUAGUUGAAAACGUGAUUGCCGCAUCUAAGUCUUUAAUAUUAACUUGUGUUUCAUCCUUCUUAUUAAGUGUCUUUUUACACGCAUCACUUCUCCGAAGAUGUACUUUCCAGAUUAGCAACUAGUGAAUUUUUUUUGGAAAAUAUUUGUUACUUGUUAUUCUAGAUAGAUAGUAAACGAUUUUUUAAAGGUUAUUUGCGCUAAUGGUCAGGCAAAAACCGUUUUUGAAGUAACAACUUUAAGAAAACGCUUCUCUUACGGUGCAUGUCAUUUGUUGUCGACUUUGUCUUGUGAGGAUGAACUAACUCAGUCUUGGUCAUUUGGGGAUUAAUAAUUUUUUUGUCAAAUAUUACCUUGUAAAACCGUAAAUGCUUUUUGCACCGCAUCCUUUACAUCGCGAUACAAGUUUUCCUAUAGAGCACUCGAGCGACAAUCUCGCUUAUCAGUAAUUCCAUAUUAGGAAGUAAAUUUUGAUUGGUUCCCUAGAAAGCCGAGCAUUCGGGGUUAUAUGCUUCUGUCGAAAUCGAAUCGAAUCGCAAAUAAUAUGAAUCGUUACACACCUAAAUAGAAUGAAAUAAAGUUAAAACUAAUGAUAGCAAUAAAAUCUCCUGCAAAAAUCUCCUGCAAAAGAUAAAAUCGAUAAAAAUCUUAUAGCAGUCAUUACUGCACACUAUAAAAAAAAAAAAAAAUUAAAAUUAAGCUUGAAAAGACUGCCUUAAUUUAUAGCAGGAGAUUUUUUUCUCCCUCAUCAAGAUUGACAGAGGAAUGAUGGAUUGAUCAAUGCUGGCGCCUUCCUUCUCUUCAACCCCUUCCCUGCUCCAAAAAUAAAUUUCAUUACUUAUCUCUCGAGAAUCUAGGGAUCUUAUACCGAUAGUUAGGUAGUUGUAAGCUUCAACAAGUUAUGCAUUUUUAUUUGUUUUGUCAAAAGCAUCAAGUUAAAUGUAUCCAUCUGUCCCUGAUUUCAUAGUUAGUAAACGUCGCAGACUUAAAUCUUGGUGUAAGGACAUAAUGUGGUCUUGAUAAUCAACUCCUGACCUUGCACAAUCUAGCUAGGCCUAGCACUUCUUUCAAUUCACAAGGUUACUUGCGCGUUGUUCGGUGGAUUUGGCCCGAAAGAGCGAAAAAUAGAAACAUAGUCGCCAGCGCUGUACUUUACUAAUCUGGAUUCUACAAUAAACGACAAGUUAAAUGCUAAAAUAAGACUUAUACGAUACCGUCAAGUCAUCAAGUAUUGUUAGAGGUCUUCGAUUCGUAAGAAUCCGACUCCUUUGCAGCCUGUUGAUUAUUUCUACCUCAGGUUUUGCAAAUUUUGAGCCAUUCACAAGUCUACCUAAAGGUUACAAUGUUUACAACAAUAUGCUGCUAAAAUUGAUCGCUUAAAAAGACUUAAAAAGACCCGAAAUUGGGCCGUGCCAAGAAAACGACUUUUUUGCCAAGAAAACGACACAAGAUCUGGCUUCGCCUGCCGUCUGCACCCUCCCCAUUAUCCCUUGCGGAACAUUUGGAAGUCGGUUUCUCUUAAUCGGUGCCCGAGUGAAAAUAUUUGUUUGACAUCCUUGUAUCUCAGAAAACGAGCCAGUAUUGGCCAGGGCUUUCCAUUCUUGCUUUUUCAGCUUCUAUGGACUCUUUGCAUUUCUUCGCGUCUUGCAUCGUGGAAGCCCAAUUCGCGUUCUAAGAAAUCUUUUAAGGCUUAUUCGACAUCUUCGGGUUCAUAGGGGGAGCCUUCUCCUAUAUUCAUAAAUCUGAUGUUCUCCCCUCUAGAAUAAACUUCCAGGAAAAGAUUUUUUGCUGUAAGGUAGUUUAACAACUCGGCUUCGCCGUUUGUGUCGUUAUUCAUGUACAUGGAACUGUAAGCUAGUGAAAUGUCCAGUUUCUUUAAUAAUUUUUUAUUAUAUUGAAGCGUAACUCUAUUACUUUUCAUUCAAAAAAUCUACAGCUCGCACUACAAAUUUGGCGCUUGUGAAAGGUCAGAACCAGCUGGCUGUAUGGGUGAUUUUUGAAAUGAAAUAAAAGUAGGCUUUGUUGGAAGGGUUUCGCUAAAACCCCGUUAUUUAACCCUGCAUGCUACAUAGGAGAAGAUUAAUCUGAACAGUCCCGAGAUUGCGGAAUUCUCUUCAUGAAAACGUUUUACAAUGUGAUCAAUUCUAUAUAAUUUGUUGUGCAAGGGAAGCGCGUUCGAUUGUGCUGGAUAUUGAAUGAGUGCAAUUUGACCGGCAAAAUUGUGAAAAACUUCAAUCUCAGGUUUAAAUAGGGCGAAAAAUAACAAAUUCCGUCCAAAGUCUGUACGAUUACCAGACAGCGUCUGAUUGUACUGUUUAACUCAAAUGUGAUGUAUAAAAGGCUGGUUUACACGCCAUCAGAUUUGUCAGCAAGAUUUUGUAAAGUCAACUUGUUGAACACAAAAAAUCCGGCCUGAUUUCUUAUGUUGGUCUGCGAGAGGAAUGGGUGUAAAUUCGCUGCCAUCGUAGAGGACUAUCGUGUCUUUGUAACUGAAGUGGCAUAAAGUUACACUUCGGGGCUGUCCAAUUAACCUCAUAAAAUAAAGGUGAUGUCAGUGGGCGACUGGGUAUCUUGUUUGGGAAGAAUUUGUUUUCCAAGCCUAAUCGUGAAUAAUUGCAUUUUUGAGUGUACAUUUAAGACUUUUUAACUCGAUGUAACAUCUGUUCCAUACUAGGACUGUUCAGUGCAAAUUAUUUUUUCUCUAAAAUCACUUAGCUUUUCCCUCAAAAGUCACAUGGAACUGCUCUUAUUUUAACUGGUGUGUGGAUUUCAAGUUUAUUGUUUGAUUUAAGUAAUAAAUUUAUCAACGGGAGCUUCACUUUAGCCCUGGCUAAAUCUAUAUAUUAUAGAUGUAUUUCCUUGAUUAAAAAAAAUUGCCUCGGUGAUUUCCUGGACUCUGGAAAGUUCAGGGAACAGGUUCAGUAAGCCUUAGUAGCAAAUAAUUGUCAUUUUCCGUCUUUAGCUAGGAUGUAAUCUGUGUUUUGAUUUAGAGAGGCUUUGUGAGUCUAACCCCUACUUAGUUAACUUAAAGAGAUGUGAAGACACAUGAACUCUUAAUGCAGGCAGCCCACUUCCCUCAUUUAAAGAUAAUUUACCCAUGCCAAUUGCUGCUAAUAGUCGACAGACUGCAUAAAACACAUAAAGCGAUUACAUUUUACCGGUAUGUAUACUUUUAAUGAAUAUGUCACGUUUUGAAUGGUACAUGUACCUCUAUCCUGUGUCCUGUGCCUGAGGCUCUCUAUCGGUGUAGAUGAGAGAAACAUACUGGUUGAUAAACAACUUGCAGUAGCAAGAAAUACCUCAUGCAAAACAUGCUCAGUGUUUUGGGUUGGGUAAUUGUUUCCCCGAGUCCCAACAGCAUCUCACUUUAAAAUCAAGACAAACGCUAAAUUCCAAUAACACUGAAGAAGUUACAUUUUAAUAAUUAUACUAUAAGAUCGUGUCCACAGAAUUGUAAGUGAUAGACCAAAAUGAAAUGUCUUUAUAACAAUAUGUUAUUCACCCUGGUGAUUCAGGUUUAAUAGAAUAAGAGUUAAGUAAAUCACGUGGACUGUAACAACAACAACACCAAAUGCUUUAUUUGCAUAACCAUAAAGGAAUUACAGUAUUGCAAAAGCUAUUAGUCUAAAUUUAAGUAUUAAUUCAACUUAUUAGUACGUGCAAAACAUUACAAAACGUUACAGUUCUCAUUCAUUCAUUCAUUGAUAUUAAUUUGGUUCUUAAUUCAAAGCAUUGCGAGAUAAAUGAAACUAAUUGACAGUUAAUUAAAUAAUCAGAAGAAUUCAUAACAAGAGAUAUUAAAGUAUCGUGUGAAAGUGAUUUGAAGUCAGGUAUUUUAGUUUCUAGUUUGGAGAAAAAAAUGUCUCUGAUCUGAGAAUAAGCCUUACAAUCUAGUAAGAAAUGAUUUUCAUCUUCGAUUUUGUUACUUGUACAAAAGUGACAUAUCCUUUCAUUGCAAGGAAUGUUUUCUUAUCUACCUGUUUCAAUUUUAAGUUGAUGACUUCUUAUUCUAAAUCUAACUAAUGCUUUUCUCGAAGGGUUUUUUCUUGUUAAAACUAGGUACGGCGAGGGGCUAUAGUCGUCUUUGAUGGUACAAUAAAAACUGAUUUUUUGUGAUUGUUGAAGGGUCUGAUUCCAGCAAUUCCAUUAUGCCGAUAUACCUAUUAACUAUUGAGUCACUCAGUGAAUUACAGGAAAAGUCAUAGUUUAGAUCAUAGUAUUCAACCAUUUUCAUGAGAUUAGAGUAAAAGCUAGUUUUUCCGUUAUGAUGAAGGUCAAUUGAAAUUUCUAAGGCCUGUUUAACUAUAGAAUCUUUAUCUUUACUUCUCAGAUAGUCUAAGUAAUUUAGAAUCUCUUUAUUUAUAUCAAUGAUCAUGGGAAACUUACCGAGUUCAGCUCUACAAGCAAUGUUGGAUGCCUUGUUAUGUACUUGUAAAUAACGUUUACAGAAUUGCAAAUGGGUUUUUUCAAUUGCAGAGCUGUCCCAGGACUUAAAAUCUGAUUUAACAAAAGCACCCCAAACUUCACUGUUGUAGGUCAGAAUUGGUGAAAUCAUCGCGUCAAAAAUUUUACACGCAAGUGAGACCUUAAGACUAUUCAAAUCCGUGUGCCGCCUGAGGCUGAAGAGCGCGUGAAGAGCUUUUUGUCGGAAAUGUUCAAGCGAAAGAGUAAAAUUUCCGGAAGAUGUAAUGCGAGUUCCUACGUAACUAUAGUUUUGGACAACGUCGAUUACUUCAUUGCCUAUGCGGAAGUUAUAUUCACAUUUUCGUGUGCAUCUUUGAAAAAUCAUUAUUUUGGUUGUCUUAGGAUUUAUUCUAAGCAUCCAUGAGUUGCAAUAUGAAGAUAGUACGUUAAGGCAGUUUUGUAGACCAAGUUUGGAUCGCGAUAAUAUUAUCAAGUCAUCUGCGUAAAGGAGAGAGUUGAGUCUGGUGCGAUUUGGUAACACGAAGGGGUCUGAUAAAACAUUGUCAAAUGAGAACGCUAGAUCGUUAAAGUAUAAGUUAAAGAGCAGAGGGCUUAAAAUGCCGCCUUGCUGCACUCCUCUUGCGUAUUGAAAAGAUCGCGUUUUGUUAUUUCCAAUCCUGACAGAGCAGGUAGACUUCCAGUAUAGGCUCUUAAUGAGACUAUAAAACUUUCCUUGGACAUUGAUCUUAGAUAACUUAUAGAGAAGCCCAUCAUGCCAAACCGAAUCAAAGGCUUUCCUGAAGUCAACAAAACACGCAUAUAUUUUCUCCUUGUGACAAUGGACAUAUUUGUCUAUUAAUGUUCGAUGUGUGAGGACAUGAUCUGCUGUUCUAUUAUUUGCUAGAAAACCAAUUUGAGACUUGUGAAGUAUAUUAUUUAAGUCUACGUGCUUUAGAAAUCUCUGAUUGAGAAUUGAACAAAAUGGUUUUCCAAUACAACUGGAAAUACAAAUUCCACGGUAGUUUGAUGGAUCGCUUUUAGUACCACAUUUAAAAAUUGGUGUAAUGAGGCCAUCACACCACAUUUGGGGCAUAGUUCCCAAGUCGAGGACCGUGUUAAAUAGUUUUAGAUAAACAGGCAUUAAUUCGUUUAGGCUAGAUUUGAUCAUUUCGUUUUUGAUUUUGUCUGAUCAAGAAGAUUUCUUGUUUUUGAGUUUUUCAGCUGCAGUGCGAAUUUCACUUUCAGUGAUGAGGUAAUCCAAGGAGUGAGAUCGUGUCGUAAUAUCCUUUGAAUUCAGCAUCUCAUCUAUGAUUGCCUCCUGCUGUUCAUUAAGGGGUUCAUUCGAGUGCAAAGAUUGAAAGUGGGACAUCCAUUUUUCUUCAGAAAUUGGAGGGGUGUAGGUUUCCUUCAUAGUGUCGUCCAUUGACUUCAAACAGUUCCAAAAGCUCUUAUUGUUUGAAUUUUCGACCGUAUUUUCAAGUUCACAGAUCUUAUUGCUAUAGUAUUCGUUUCUCUUAUUUUUCAAAAGGUUUUUAUAUUGCUUUAAGACGUUGUGAUACUCUUCCCUGAGGGUAUUGUUUAGAGGAUCUCUAUGUUUUUGAUUAGAAAGUUUCCGCAGUUCAUGUCUUUUAUAGCGGCAUUCUUUGUCGAACCAUUUUUUGUUCGAAGAUAUUUUGCAACGUCGCUUUUUUGCAAAAUAUCUUCGAACAAAAAAUGGUUCGACAAAGAAUGCCGCUAUAACAUACGUGACCUCAACCAUAUUAUACACUCUAUGAUAUUAUCACCAGAAGCAACACUGUGACAGAUGAGGGGGCUGCCUUCAAGAAGCUCCAGUCAACAUAGCAGAAACGCUAACUUGGUAAAUUCAUAAUUUAAAAAAGCCGUAAAUCAAUACCAUUGAAACUCUGUUUUGCGUUUUACACCGUCAGAUCUAGAACGGACAUUGAAAUAGAUGUAUAUUUCUGUGUUUGGAGCUUUUGAAUUUUUAGCAACGCUGGUCUUGGAGACAAAAAAUCCCAGUUUGAGAGUAUUUCUUUUAAAAGUGCAUGCAUUUAAUCCUGCGGUACGUCCUUAGAAUUUUAAGCUGAAGUCUUGAUUAUUAUUCUUCAAUUAAAGUUAUCUUUCCUCGUUCGAUGGCUCCACACUUGGAAAUCGAAAUCACAGAAAGGCUUUCUUGCAGAUGCAGGCUAAUACCGUUUUAAGGUAUGUGCAAUUCACCGGAAUUGGGCCUAACCUUAGUCUUCGACCUUUAUAGGGCCAUGGAGGACAACUACAGUUGAUAACACUGGACUUGAUUAUCAAAAAGAAUAGUGGACAAUCGCUCCAAAAACACGAAUCGUAAAAAAUCCGUGAAACAAAAUCCAAACUUCAUCAAUUUGCGUAUACUAGCCUUUUAACAUGUAUACUAUUAUCUUCACAAUUGUUCAGAAUAGUCGACUGGUUUAGCCAAAACCACAGAACAGCAAAUCCUGCCAGAGAUCCGCACGUUAUUUGGCAGAAUCCUCCCUUCUCUCUUUCCCCUCCCCAUCAUGCCCUGCGCGCUUUCUUUUUCUUCUCCUCAGCCUCGUGACAACGCAAAGAGGCCUCUGCGGAGGAGAGAGGUGGUGCUUUUUCAUCUGAAACGGUAACAUGAUUAUGCAUUUUUAUGAAAAAAGUGAUCUGUCCAUUGUACCAAGUAUAAUCAAAUUGCUGUGGUGUUAGUUCAGAUUUUCUUACCUAUUAUACAGCAAGAAAAGCCAACGGGAUGGCACCCAAAUGGAGUUACAAGAGCCACAAUUCAAAUUAUCCAGGUAAAUUUCAGACAAAUUUUGAUCAAGGGAACAAAGGAAAUUUAGUUCGAGUUAGUAGGGAAUUCGACGAAUUCGGGUUAAAAGUGACUGAAAAUUGGGGUGAAAUCCAAGGGAAAUCGGACUUUAGUUCGAGUUGUCCGAGGUCGAGUUAUCGAGGUUCUAUUGUAGUAAUAUAACAAGUGAUAUCUUGGUACAAAACGGUAUCGAUUGUAACGAGUCUGAAGUCUGAUCCUAAAAAUAAAACGAAUGGAAAUUGACAAUUAAGACUUGGUGGACUGCUUAGAAAGUAUGAAUAUUAAUGAAUAUAUGCCGUUUUGUGGAGGCAUGUGUGGCCAGGCGGUUAACACCUCGAAAUCCCGAUCUGGUAGCCUGGGGUUCAAGCCUCUCCAGUCGCGUUGUUUCCUUAGACAAGCAACUUAACUCCACCUUGUCUAUUCACCCAGGUGUAUGAAUGGGUACCGACGACACUGGGUAGGGGUAGCAAUACUCCCAGGCAUGCCUCAUGCUAAGGAAACCUGAAAGGCUCCGGCUGUAUGGGCCUUUGGCCCGUGCACGCCUUUACCAUUUUACCUUACCCUUUCUGUUUUGUGUGGGGAAUAGAUGGCAUUCUGAAAAUUCGAUUUUUUUAAAAAAACAAUUUAAAAAUCGUCAGAGAUUUGCCUGUCGCGCUGGGUUUUAAAGGGGAAAGCGCUCGUGCAUACGCAAGCAAAAUGAUUUCUAUUUGUUUGGUGAAAGAGAAACACUAACUGUUUGUUUCCUUUUUUUCCUUUCGCUUCUAAUACCAAUAAAAGCAUAUGGGUAUGCUUUCAUUAUCAUAGGUUUUGCUUUCACUAUAUGCCAGACGGACCGGACGUAAACAGUGGAAUUAACGAAAAAAAAAAAUGGAACGACAUUGUUUGAUCAAAAGGAAAUUCCUGUCGGAAUGAAAUGUUGCAUUUAUGUAUUCACCAAAAUUUUCAUACUUUCGUGACUAAGUGUGACUGGACAAGUUCCGGUUGGAAUGGACCUUACUCUUAAAGAGAACCACCCCUAGAGAUGGUCCACUUUUCCGGAAAAUUUCACCUGGACCGAAGCAAUCCAUGCAUUUAAAUUUCCACCCAAACUUUGGCAUGAUGGAAAGUAACCUCUUGGCUGGUUAACGUAACACUUUGUUUUAUUUUGUUUCUUUUACCAAAGAGGGGUAUGGAGAUUCUACUGGAAGAGUACCGACUUAAAUACGGAGAUUCAUUUCCUUCAACAAGUAAGUCUGCUUUUAACACAGCUUUCUAUUAGUCGCUAGAGAUUAUUGGUACUGAAAUGACCUAUCUAAUAGCUUUGCGCCAGAAAUCAUGAAUGACAGACCGAAAAUGACAAUGUUCUAUUUAUUUACAGAUAAAAUCGAUGAGGCCCUUGACAAUGCAGAAAAUACAGAACGUAUGGUCAACCAAAUUCUUUGCCGAACCUUCACGUGUCAAAAAGGUCAUGAUAAAGCUCUUCUUCCGACCGGUUCUGAGGUAAUUAUACCAUUUUAUUUAAUAAAUUGACUGUUACAAACGUGAUAGUGGGGGAGGGAAAACGAAAAGAACAAACAAAUCAUGUAUGCCUUGAAAAGAAUUCCUGCAAAUCAGAGCUAGAGAAGGAGCUAUCCCUUUCAAACUGACUAAACGGUAAAUUAUAGAGCAAAAAAAACAAAACAAUUGAUUUCUUGGAUAGAACUAGAAAAUAAUUCAGGAGAGCGAGAUGUCAGUUCGUUAAACGUUGCCAAUACGGUGAUAAAAAUGUUGCUUUAUUAAUGGCAUACGCCAUCACUCUGCUCGUCAGUCUCUUAUUUACAAAGGACAGUCAGAUCAUACUUAAUUUCCAGCAUAUAUCCAAGUUGUCGAUUCCACUAAAGAAAAAAGAAAACGUCAGAAACCAGAAAAUAUCCUCACUUAAGCUUCGUCACCAAAGUGAUUUAAAGAAAAUUUUAAACUUCCUGAAACCAUAUGUUUAUUUAUUUAUUUUUUUUAUUUACUGAUUUAUUAUGGAAGACUAAUGUAGAAGUAUCGUCUCUCAUAAAAGAUAAUUGCCAGUGUACUGGUAGGCAAUCAUACUUGAUACAAUUCCACAAUUUUGAGAAAUUAUCCAUUUCUGUGACCUUUAGCUUUCAAGCGAUACAUUUACGACUUUCUUAUCUUAUUAAAAUCUUUUCUAGUUCCUUCUCUAGAUCAAUGGAGUAUGCAGCUAGGAAAUCUAACUUUGUGUCAAGGAUAUAAGCUCUCCACCCAAAAUUUUAGUUCUGCAUAUCUGACCCUUUUUUCAAUGUGGCAUUAGAUGAACUGGCUGCAUUACCACAAUUUGAAUUUAAAGUUUUUAUUUAAAUUCUUUCAAUUUUUUACUUCUGGGGCCAGAUGCUAUUAUUACUAAAUUAUUACCAGAAGCAGUAGCAGUAGUAGUGGUAGUAGUAGCAUAUCUGCCCAUAAUGAAAUAGACUGAAACAUUAUUAGCGGAGCUCUCUCGCGCGAAGCGCGCCAGCGGAGCACCAUGGAUAAGAAAAUGAAGUAAUCUACCCAUCCGAGAAAAUUUGGUAAUCACGUGACCGUACACCGCCCGAGAGACCGUCCGUCCGCACCACAGGCAUACCAAUGUAAAAUAACUUAAUCAACAGGUAUGGCAACCCAAAUGCAACUCGAGGUUAUGUUGGCGGGAAAUCGCAUAGCCAUCGGCGUCUUCUAAAGCAGAGACAACAAUAGAGUCAAUAAAGACGAAAACGGAAAGCGAAAAUUGUUUCUGUAUCAGUGUUGUCUAAAGUAUUAAUCUUAGAUAUAUUGUCAUGUCCACAAAUUUAAUAUAGAGCAAGAGAAAGACAGAGAAAAAGAGAAAUUGGGCGGCAGGCCAGCGAAGCUCAACGAGAAAAAGAGUGACAGGGAUUUAGAGAGGGAGAUAAAAAACCGAAGGAGACAUUUUUUUGUUGCAAGAAAAACAUGAAAAUUUUGUAGCGGUGACAAAAUGAGAAAUGCUAGCGGCCACCAUUGCAAGGUGAAAAUGAGGGGUUGUUAAAAAAAGUGAACGAGAACGCGUACUACAAUUCCUCCAUAAAACGUGUAACUAAGAAGUUUCUGAAAGUUUCGCGUUGUAGUCGUGCAAAACAACGGCAAAGAAAUGUACAAAAAAAUUGUGCUGCACGUGCAAAGUUGCUUUUGCUAAUUAGACCUAUUGUUGUUUUUCAUCGUUUUCCGGCGUUGCAUACCUUCGCCGCUUAGCAUUACACGAUUUUAUGUUUUGUUUGAACAAACUAUAAAUUAAUAUUAUUGAGAGCUUCGCUUUUAGCCCUGGCUAAAUCUAUAUAUUAAUGUUUAAUACAAAGGCAUGGCAAGCACAAAAAAGCCUACUGGUGGAAGACUACCACAUAACUUGUCUGCAACACGAUCGCGAUGAUAGUUUUGCAAUUGGUGCCAGAUACAAAGUAGCUUUUUCUCGCAGAUUUCCUCAUUUUGAGGUAUGUUUAAUAAUUCUAGUUAAUUCAAAUUUUUAAAUUCACACAUUAUUCUGGCAUAAUUGAAAUUGUCUAAUCUUUUGUGCUUCUGACAUGGUGGAAGGGGGAACUCUCGGAGAGCAAAAUUAAAACCCUGGUUAGCCGACAUUUAGUGACACAGGCGGCUUAGAAGAAAAAAUCCUAGUACAGUUGACUCCCGAUAACUCCAACCUUCAAGGGAGAUCGAAAAAAGUUUGAGUCAUCGGGAGUUCGAGCUAUCGGGAGUUUGAACCAAAUAACCGGAAGCAAGGAAAUCAGCAAAUGGAUGGGGAGGAAAUGCAAUUAAGCAACAAAGUAUACAGGAAUGGACACUGAAUUUGAACUGGAGUCACAAGAAAGUAAACACAAAGAAUUGACUCGGUUGUUUUGAAACAUAACUUCAAUGUUUCGGACCUCAGUACACAGUUUUUUCCCCGACUUGUCACGCCCUUAUAACAUGGUUCGAGUUAUCGAGGGUAAAAUUGUAUAGAAAUGAUCUGAAGGGAAACAAAACUUAACUCGAGUUAGCGGGAGGUUCGAGUUAUCGAGGGUAAAAUUACAGUAAAUGUACGAAGGAAAUCCAGGGGAAAUCGACUUUGGUUGGAGUUAGCGCGAGGUUCGACUGAGUUAGCGAGGGUUCGAGUUAUCGGGAGUCAACUGUACUCCCAGCUGGAGUCGAACCAAUGACCCACUGGUUACCAGACCAGAUGCUCUACCACUGAGCUACAGGAGACUGGAGGGCGCAAAAACCACUAAACUAGGUUCAUGUGACAAAAACCUUGCAUAAUGCUAGGACUGGAAUGUCGAUACGUGCUCAUACGCAAUGACGUAAAUGUGAAGAGUGAAUUUUAGUUCACUUAUAUCAGAAACAAGUUUAUUUCUUUCCUCUGAAAUCUAGCUUGGUAAAACUUUUGCUUCUUAAAGCGUGAACCAAUGAAAAUAGAUAAUCCAUAUUUAAAAAAGUCACAUGAAUUAAAUUAGGGGUUAUGAUUCUGGAAAGUGCAGAGUCGAAAUGCAUUGCUCUUGGAGUGGUCUUUGAGGAUGUCGGCACACAACUAAGUCUAGGAAAGGAAGGAACGGUGGGAUACCAUACGAAGGAUGCGAGAAUACAUGAUUCAUCCUCCGAAUCAGGUAAUAUAACUAUAGUUAUGUACAUGUAUGUAGAUCGAGCUUCGCAAAUGUGCCUUUAUUACGUAACACGAACAACUCACUGCAGUCGAGCGACAUUACUGAUACUCAGAAUCGGCAUGAAUGCCUUUAGUUUCACGUGCAAUUUGUAGCUUUUCUUUGCAUGAAGUACCUGUAUAUGAUGUUGUGGUUCAAAGCUUAUGAAAGUUUGAUUUAUUUAUUUAUUUUUAUGGAAUGGUGUCAAGAACUGAAAGAAAAAAGUUCUACUUCCGGGUUUUAUUAUUAUCCAUUAGUCUCGUUACUUAAAGACACUGCUGUGACUCAGAUGACGAAAGGGAGUAACAUAUCUCACCUUGUAAUGCUUUGUGUUAGGCUCCAGAGUCGCUCUCCGAGGUAACGUCAUUCGAUGCACUGUCGUGUUUGAGAAGGAACAAGAGGUAGACGGCAAAAUUCAAGUUCCUGUUGUUUUUAGUGUCAACGGAGGCAGGAUAGAUCCUAUAGAUAAACAUCAAUCAUUUAUCGAAUACAGCGAGGACUGACCACUGUUCCCCUACGUUGCUUUCUAUAAAGAAAACAGAGUGUUAGCAAAGGUAUUUUAAAAACAUCGUAGCAUUUUAAAUACAUUUCAAAAUUCAUAAGACUUUUAAUCCUUGGAAAUACAAACAGUCUCGGUCAUCAUUUCAGGGGGGAGUGGUGGUUUCUGUAACCUGAGGACGGCCAUUUUGGAGCUUUUCUCGAGCUAGAAAUUCAAUUGGAAUGUGAUGAAUUCCCCCUCUUGACUUCAAACUUGUUUGCAUUCAGUUUAAAGAUCUAUGAGGCCUUUGUGUUUCCACUGAUAAUCAUACUUUGUGCGAGGUACCAAAGUUUUAUUCCCAGAAUAAUAUUAGCUUUAAGUAUAUGCACUAUGAGAAAUCUGAUUGGUUUUGGUAUCUCAGCUUAUUCAGCAUCACUAUUUUUUGAAAUAUUUCUCAUUUUUGGAUUGGCUCAAAUUGGGCAAUUUUUUAUAACAAGCUACAAUCUUGGACAAAACUGUUGAGAAAAUUGUAUACUUGGACAGCAUUUUUCUAAACAUCGUAGAUGUACCGGUUCUUCCCUCUCCCCCUUCCCCUGAAAGCAAUGUUGUUGUGUAUUCAAAAGAAAGCCUGAUGCCUGGGCGUUCGUGGGAAGCAACAUUGAAUUGGGGGAAGGGGUUUUCUUUCCGCAAAGGCGUCGUUUUGGAAAUAGCCUUGUUGCGUAGGAAAGUGGACAUGAUGGAGAAAACUUUCUCAAGUAGUUUUGUCCGGGAUUGUAUUUGACUGGGAAAGGCGAUUUGCAGCCUUUAACGCAGCCAAAUAAGCCUGUUCUUUAUAAAUGUAGUACAUUUCAAAGAAAAGGAGAUAAUUAAUGCAAAAUGAGUGAAAGCAGAGGCGUUUAUGACAAGAAAACCAAUUGGUAUGUCUUACUUGAUUGGAGUGGUCAGUCAAGAACGUUUGCGAAAUUCAUUUUCCAUGCAUGGUUUUUACGCGCUUUUGAGUGAAGAGUAGCGGGCAUACAUUGCGCUUUUCGAGGACGAAAAGGACGUUUCCGUCAAGCAGAUUAGCUAGAAAACGGGAAUUUCACCCACUACGAUUCGAUCAACAAAUAACACAUGAAACGUUUGCUGAAUUUUCAGAGCGCGUGACCCGACAACUUUGAACAAUUUUCCCAUCGCCAAAAUAGUCAACGGGCAAGAACUUGCAAUGAAUAAAAGCAUCAAAUGGCGUGAGGAUGAAAUAUUUACAAAAGCUGCAUUUUUACUUUUCACAUUUGAAUGCUUACUUUUGAAACUGUAGCGAUAUCCAGUCCAAAGAAACACACUAUGAAAUCUAGAAAUGUCACGCGCGAUAACGUGACAAGAUGUACUAUCGCGUGACCUGUAAAAGUGCACGUUUUGUCUUCGGGUUACAUAUGACUGGAAAAAAUAUGACCUAAAUUGAUAAUUUGCAAACCAAGGCAUGAUAAAGGUUGCCAUAGUUGACUUCUAAUCUUUUCUCUCCACAAUAUCUGCAAGUCGGAACGAUUAACAGGACAUAUUUGAGCGGCUGCGAAGAUUAACUACGGUUAACAACGAUUAACAGGAAAGUUUAAAAAGAAUCAGAAGGUCAUUCUCUAUUGAAAACCAAAUGGUGUUAACCGUUUCAAUGCUUUGUUAAUCGUAAUAUUAUUCUAUCCAUGGAAUUAUCAUAAAACGUUAACCGACUUUUAACAAAGAAAGUUUCUGUAACACCCAUAGUUUAACCAAUUAUAAGCUCUGAGAAGCAAUUUCAACCUGACGGGAAACGGUUCCAUAUUGGAUUGACUAUUAUGUCCCUAAAUAAACACUACGAACUCCUUUUCUUCGAAGAGAACUGUCAUACAAGUCUUGUUCAGACUCUUCUGAAAAAGGUAAAUUACUUUUCACAUUUUCCGAGCCUUCCAUUCCGGAACUUCAAGAAAAUAUGUAACAAUUAGCACGCGUUGUACGGCUAUUUCGAAAUUUGACUGUUUUAAAGAGGGUGCUGCAAAAAACGCAUAUGAGGUCUUGCUUUUCUAUGAGAAGAUGGUCUGGCGUGAAACUUUGUGCUCAAAACAGCUUCUGUAAAGUGCUUUUUAUUAGCAUGUUUUUGUUUUGUCCUUGCAAAUAUUCUUGCAAGAAAACGCGAAUCACCUUGUACACAGUGUAUUUGACUGGGAAAGGCGAUUUGCAGCCUUUAACGCAGCCAAAUAAGCCUGUUCUUUAUAAAUGUAGUACAUUUCAAAGAAAAGGAGAUAAUUAAUGCAAAAUGAGUGAAAGCAGAGGCGUUUAUGACAAGAAAACCAAUUGGUAUGUCUUACUUGAUUGGAGUGGUCAGUCAAGAACGUUUGCGAAAUUCAUUUUCCAUGCAUGGUUUUUACGCGCGCUUUGAGUGAAGAGUAGCGGGCAUACAUUGCGCUUUUCGAGGACGAAAAGGACGUUUCCGUCAAGCAGAUUAGCUAGAAAACGGGAAUUUCACCCACUACGAUUCGAUCAACAAAUAACACAUGAAACGUUUGCUGAAUUUUCAGAGCGCGUGACCCGACAACUUUGAACAAUUUUCCCAUCGCCAAAAUAGUCAACGGGCAAGAACUUGCAAUGAAUAAAAGCAUCAAAUGGCGUGAGGAUGAAAUAUUUACAAAAGCUGCAUUUUUACUUUUCACAUUUGAAUGCUUACUUUUGAAACUGUAGCGAUAUCCAGUCCAAAGAAACACACUAUGAAAUCUAGAAAUGUCACGCGCGAUAACGUGACAAGAUGUACUAUCGCGUGACCUGUAAAAGUGCACGUUUUGUCUUCGGGUUACCUAUGACUGGAAAAAAUAUGACCUAAAUUGAUAAUUUGCAAACCAAGGCAUGAUAAAGGUUGCCAUAGUUGACUUCUAAUCUUUUUCUCUCCACAAUAUCUGCAAGUCGGAACGAUUAACAGGACAUAUUUGAGCGGCUGCGAAGAUUAACUACGGUUAACAACGAUUAACAGGAAAGUUUAAAAAAAGAAUCAGAAGGUCAUUCUCUAUUGAAAACCAAAUGGUGUUAACCGUUUCAAUGCUUUGUUAAUCGUAAUAUUAUUCUAUCCAUGGAAUUAUCAUAAAACGUUAACCGACUUUUAACAAAGAAAGUUUCUGUAACACCCAUAGUUUAACCAAUUAUAAGCUCUGAGAAGCAAUUUCAACCUGACGGGAAACGGUUCCAUAUUGGAUUGACUAUUAUGUCCCUAAAUAAACACUACGAACUCCUUUUCUUCGAAGAGAACUGUCAUACAAGUCUUGUUCAGACUCUUCUGAAAAAGGUAAAUUACUUUUCACAUUUUCCGAGCCUUCCAUUCCGGAACUUCAAGAAAAUAUGUAACAAUUAGCACGCGUUGUACGGCUAUUUCGAAAUUUGACUGUUUUAAAGAGGGUGCUGCAAAAAAACGCAUAUGAGGUCUUGCUUUUCUAUGAGAAGAUGGUCUGGCGUGAAACUUUGUGCUCAAAACAGCUUCUGUAAAGUGCUUUUUAUUAGCAUGUUUGUUUUGUCCUUGCAAAUAUUCUUGCAAGAAAACGCGAAUCACCUUGUACACAGUGUAUUUGACUGGGAAAGGCGAUUUGCAGCCUUUAACGCAGCCAAAUAAGCCUGUUCUUUAUAAAUGUAGUACAUUUCAAAGAAAAGGAGAUAAUUAAUGCAAAAUGAGUGAAAGCAGAGGCGUUUAUGACAAGAAAACCAAUUGGUAUGUCUUACUUGAUUGGAGUGGUCAGUCAAGAACGUUUGCGAAAUUCAUUUUCCAUGCAUGGUUUUUACGCGCGCUUUGAGUGAAGAGUAGCGGGCAUACAUUGCGCUUUUCGAGGACGAAAAGGACGUUUCCGUCAAGCAGAUUAGCUAGAAAACGGGAAUUUCACCCACUACGAUUCGAUCAACAAAUAACACAUGAAACGUUUGCUGAAUUUUCAGAGCGCGUGACCCGACAACUUUGAACAAUUUUCCCAUCGCCAAAAUAGUCAACGGGCAAGCACUUGCAAUGAAUAAAAGAAUGAAAUGGCGUGAGGAUGAAAUAUUUACAAAAGCUGCAUUUUUACUUUUUACAUUUGAAUGCUUACUUUUGAAACUGUAGCGAUAUCCAGUCCAAAGAAACACACUAUGAAAUCUAGAAAUGUCACGCGCGAUAACGUGACAAGAUGUACUAUCGCGUGACCUGUAAAAGUGCACGUUUUGUCUUCGGGUUACCUAUGACUGGAAAAAAAUAUGACCUAAAUUGAUAAUUUGCAAACCAAGGCAUGAUAAAGGUUGCCAUAGUUGACUUCUAAUCUUUUUCUCUCCACAAUAUCUGCAAGUCGGAACGAUUAACAGGACAUAUUUGAGCGGCUGCGAAGAUUAACUACGGUUAACAACGAUUAACAGGAAAGUUUAAAAAGAAUCAGAAGGUCAUUCUCUAUUGAAAACCAAAUGGUGUUAACCGUUUCAAUGCUUUGUUAAUCGUAAUAUUAUUCUAUCCAUGGAAUUAUCAUAAAAAGUUAACCGACUUUUAACAAAGAAAGUUUCUGUAACACCCAUAGUUUAAGCAAUUAUAAGCUCUGAGAAGCAAUUUCAACCUGACGGGAAACGGUUCCAUAUUGGAUUGACUAUUAUGUCCCUAAAUAAACACUACGAACUCCUUUUCUUCGAAGAGAACUGUCAUACAAGUCUUGUUCAGACUCUUCUGAAAAAGGUAAAUUACUUUUCACAUUUUCCGAGCCUUCCAUUCCGGAACUUCAAGAAAAUAUGUAACAAUUAGCACGCGUUGUACGGCUAUUUCGAAAUUUGACUGUUUUAAAGAGGGUGCUGCAAAAAACGUAUAUGAGGUCUUGCUUUUCUAUGAGAAGAUGGUCUGGCGUGAAACUUUGUGCUCAAAACAGCUUCUGUAAAGUGCUUUUUAUUAGCAUGUUUUUGUUUUGUCCUUGCAAGUAUUCUUGCAAGAAAACGCGAAUCACCUUGUACACAAUCUUGGACAAAGCUGUUGAGAAAAUUGUAUACUUGGACAGCAUUUUUCUAAACAUCGUAGCUGUACCGGUUCUUCCCUCUCCCCCUUCCCCUGAAAGCAAUGUUGUUGUGUAUUCAAAAGAAAGCCUGAUGCCUGGGCGUUCGUGGGAAGCAACAUUGAAUUGGGGAAAGGGUUUUCUUCCGCAAAGGCGUCGUUUUGGAAAUAGCCUUGUUGCGUAGGAAAGUGGACAUGAUGGAGAAAACUUUCUCAAGUAGUUUUGUCCGGGAUUGUAUUUGACUGGGAAAGGCGAUUUGCAGCCUUUAACGCAGCCAAAUAAGCCUGUUCUUUAUAAAUGUAGUACAUUUCAAAGAAAAGGAGAUAAUUAAUGCAAAAUGAGUGAAAGCAGAGGCGUUUAUGACAAGAAAACCAAUUGGUAUGUCUUACUUGAUUGGAGUGGUCAGUCAAGAACGUUUGCGAAAUUCAUUUUCCAUGCAUGGUUUUUACGCGCGCUUUGAGUGAAGAGUAGCGGGCAUACAUUGCGCUUUUCGAGGACGAAAAGGACGUUUCCGUCAAGCAGAUUAGCUAGAAAACGGGAAUUUCACCCACUACGAUUCGAUCAACAAAUAACACAUGAAACGUUUGCUGAAUUUUCAGAGCGCGUGACCCGACAACUUUGAACAAUUUUCCCAUCGCCAAAAUAGUCAACGGGCAAGCACUUGCAAUGAAUAAAAGAAUGAAAUGGCGUGAGGAUGAAAUAUUUACAAAAGCUGCAUUUUUACUUUUUACAUUUGAAUGCUUACUUUUGAAACUGUAGCGAUAUCCAGUCCAAAGAAACACACUAUGAAAUCUAGAAAUGUCACGCGCGAUAACGUGACAAGAUGUACUAUCGCGUGACCUGUAAAAGUGCACGUUUUGUCUUCGGGUUACCUAUGACUGGAAAAAAAUAUGACCUAAAUUGAUAAUUUGCAAACCAAGGCAUGAUAAAGGUUGCCAUAGUUGACUUCUAAUCUUUUUCUCUCCACAAUAUCUGCAAGUCGGAACGAUUAACAGGACAUAUUUGAGCGGCUGCGAAGAUUAACUACGGUUAACAACGAUUAACAGGAAAGUUUAAAAAGAAUCAGAAGGUCAUUCUCUAUUGAAAACCAAAUGGUGUUAACCGUUUCAAUGCUUUGUUAAUCGUAAUAUUAUUCUAUCCAUGGAAUUAUCAUAAAAAGUUAACCGACUUUUAACAAAGAAAGUUUCUGUAACACCCAUAGUUUAAGCAAUUAUAAGCUCUGAGAAGCAAUUUCAACCUGACGGGAAACGGUUCCAUAUUGGAUUGACUAUUAUGUCCCUAAAUAAACACUACGAACUCCUUUUCUUCGAAGAGAACUGUCAUACAAGUCUUGUUCAGACUCUUCUGAAAAAGGUAAAUUACUUUUCACAUUUUCCGAGCCUUCCAUUCCGGAACUUCAAGAAAAUAUGUAACAAUUAGCACGCGUGGUACGGCUAUUUCGAAAUUUGACUGUUUUAAAGAGGGUGCUGCAAAAAACGUAUAUGAGGUCUUGCUUUUCUAUGAGAAGAUGGUCUGGCGUGAAACUUUGUGCUCAAAACAGCUUCUGUAAAGUGCUUUUUAUUAGCAUGUUUUUGUUUUGUCCUUGCAAAUAUUCUUGCAAGAAAACGCGAAUCACCUUGUACACAAUCUUGGACAAAGCUGUUGAGAAAAUUGUAUACUUGGACAGCAUUUUUCUAAACAUCGUAGCUGUACCGGUUCUUCCCUCUCCCCCUUCCCCUGAAAGCAAUGUUGUUGUGUAUUCAAAAGAAAGCCUGAUGCCUGGGCGUUCGUGGGAAGCAACAUUGAAUUGGGGGAAGGGUUUUUUCCGCAAAGGCGUCGUUUUGGAAAUAGCCUUGUUGCGUAGGAAAGUGGACAUGAUGGAGAAAACUUUCUCAAGUAGUUUUGUCCGGGAUUGUAUUUGACUGGGAAAGGCGAUUUGCAGCCUUUAACGCAGCCAAAUAAGCCUGUUCUUUAUAAAUGUAGUACAUUUCAAAGAAAAGGAGAUAAUUAAUGCAAAAUGAGUGAAAGCAGAGGCGUUUAUGACAAGAAAACCAAUUGGUAUGUCUUACUUGAUUGGAGUGGUCAGUCAAGAACGUUUGCGAAAUUCAUUUUCCAUGCAUGGUUUUUACGCGCGCUUUGAGUGAAGAGUAGCGGGCAUACAUUGCGCUUUUCGAGGACGAAAAGGACGUUUCCGUCAAGCAGAUUAGCUAGAAAACGGGAAUUUCACCCACUACGAUUCGAUCAAUAAAUAACACAUGAAACCUUUGCUGAAUUUUCAGAGCGCGUGACCCGACAACUUUGAACAAUUUUCCCAUCGCCAAAAUAGUCAACGGGCAAGCACUUGCAAUGAAUAAAAGCAUCAAAUGGCGUGAGGAUGAAAUAUUUACAAAAGCUGCAUUUUUACUUUUCACAUUUGAAUGCUUACUUUUGAAACUGUAGCGAUAUCCAGUCCAAAGAAACACACUAUGAAAUCUAGAAAUGUCACGCGCGAUAACGUGACAAGAUGUACUAUCGCGUGACCUGUAAAAGUGCACGUUUUGUCUUCGGGUUACAUAUGACUGGAAAAAAAUAUGACCUAAAUUGAUAAUUUGCAAACCAAGGCAUGAUAAAGGUUGCCAUAGUUGACUUCUAAUCUUUUUCUCUCCACAAUAUCUGCAAGUCAGAACGAUUAACAGGACAUAUUUGAGCGGCUGCGAAGAUUAACUACGGUUAACAACGAUUAACAGGAAAGUUUAAAAAGAAUCAGAAGGUCAUUCUCUAUUGAAAACCAAAUGGUGUUAACCGUUUCAAUGCUUUGUUAAUCGUAAUAUUAUUCUAUCCAUGGAAUUAUCAUAAAAAGUUAACCGACUUUUAACAAAGAAAGUUUCUGUAACACCCAUAGUUUAAGCAAUUAUAAGCUCUGAGAAGCAAUUUCAACCUGACGGGAAACGGUUCCAUAUUGGAUUGACUAUUAUGUCCCUAAAUAAACACUACGAACUCCUUUUCUUCGAAGAGAACUGUCAUACAAGUCUUGUUCAGACUCUUCUGAAAAAGGUAAUUACUUUUCACAUUUUCCGAGCCUUCCAUUCCGGAACUUCAAGAAAAUAUGUAACAAUUAGCACGCGUGGUACGGCUAUUUCGAAAUUUGACUGUUUUAAAGAGGGUGCUGCAAAAAACGUAUAUGAGGUCUUGCUUUUCUAUGAGAAGAUGGUCUGGCGUGAAACUUUGUGCUCAAAACAGCUUCUGUAAAGUGCUUUUUAUUAGCAUGUUUUUGUUUUGUCCUUGCAAAUAUUCUUGCAAGAAAACGCGAAUCACCUUGUACACAAUCUUGGACAAAGCUGUUGAGAAAAUUGUAUACUUGGACAGCAUUUUUCUAAACAUCGUAGAUGUACCGGUUCUUCCCUCUCCCCCUUCCCCUGAAAGCAAUGUUGUUGUGUAUUCAAAAGAAAGCCUGAUGCCUGGGCGUUCGUGGGAAGCAACAUUGAAUUGGGGGAAGGGGUUUUCUUUCCGCAAAGGCGUCGUUUUGGAAAUAGCCUUGUUGCGUAGGAAAGUGGAUAUGAUGGAGAAAACUUUCUCAAGUAGUUUUGUCCGGGAUUGUAUUUGACUGGGAAAGGCGAUUUGCAGCCUUUAACGCAGCCAAAUAAGCCUGUUCUUUAUAAAUGUAGUACAUUUCAAAGAAAAGGAGAUAAUUAAUGCAAAAUGAGUGAAAGCAGAGGCGUUUAUGACAAGAAAACCAAUUGGUAUGUCUUACUUGAUUGGAGUGGUCAGUCAAGAACGUUUGCGAAAUUCAUUUUCCAUGCAUGGUUUUUACGCGCGCUUUGAGUGAAGAGUAGCGGGCAUACAUUGCGCUUUUCGAGGACGAAAAGGACGUUUCCGUCAAGCAGAUUAGCUAGAAAACGGGAAUUUCACCCACUACGAUUCGAUCAACAAAUAACACAUGAAACGUUUGCUGAAUUUUCAGAGCGCGUGACCCGACAACUUUGAACAAUUUUCCCAUCGCCAAAAUAGUCAACGGGCAAGCACUUGCAAUGAAUAAAAGCAUCAAAUGGCGUGAGGAUGAAAUAUUUACAAAAGCUGCAUUUUUACGUUUCACAUUUGAAUGCUUACUUUUGAAACUGUAGCGAUAUCCAGUCCAAAGAAACACACUAUGAAAUCUAGAAAUGUCACGCGCGAUAACGUGACAAGAUGUACUAUCGCGUGACCUGUAAAAGUGCACGUUUUGUCUUCGGGUUACCUAUGACUGGAAAAAAAUAUGACCUAAAUUGAUAAUUUGCAAACCAAGGCAUGAUAAAGGUUGCCAUAGUUGACUUCUAAUCUUUUUCUCUCCACAAUAUCUGCAAGUCGGAACGAUUAACAGGACAUAUUUGAGCGGCUGCGAAGAUUAACUACGGUUAACAACGAUUAACAGGAAAGUUUAAAAAGAAUCAGAAGGUCAUUCUCUAUUGAAAACCAAAUGGUGUUAACCGUUUCAAUGCUUUGUUAAUCGUAAUAUUAUUCUAUCCAUGGAAUUAUCAUAAAACGUUAACCGACUUUUAACAAAGAAAGUUUCUGUAACACCCAUAGUUUAACCAAUUAUAAGCUCUGAGAAGCAAUUUCAACCUGACGGGAAACGGUUCCAUAUUGGAUUGACUAUUAUGUCCCUAAAUAAACACUACGAACUCCUUUUCUUCGAAGAGAACUGUCAUACAAGUCUUGUUCAGACUCUUCUGAAAAAGGUAAAUUACUUUUCACAUUUUCCGAGCCUUCCAUUCCGGAACUUCAAGAAAAUAUGUAACAAUUAGCACGCGUUGUACGGCUAUUUCGAAAUUUGACUGUUUUAAAGAGGGUGCUGCAAAAAACGCAUAUGAGGUCUUGCUUUUCUAUGAGAAGAUGGUCUGGCGUGAAACUUUGUGCUCAAAACAGCUUCUGUAAAGUGCUUUUAUUAGCAUGUUUUUGUUUUGUCCUUGCAAAUAUUCUUGCAAGAAAACGCGAAUCACCUUGUACACAGUGUAUUUGACUGGGAAAGGCGAUUUGCAGCCUUUAACGCAACCAAAUAAGCCUGUUCUUUAUAAAUGUAGUACAUUUCAAAGAAAAGGAGAUAAUUAAUGCAAAAUGAGUGAAAGCAGAGGCGUUUAUGACAAGAAAACCAAUUGGUAUGUCUUACUUGAUUGGAGUGGUCAGUCAAGAACGUUUGCGAAAUUCAUUUUCCAUGCAUGGUUUUUACGCGCUUUUUGAGUGAAGAGUAGCGGGCAUACAUUGCGCUUUUCGAGGACGAAAAGGACGUUUCCGUCAAGCAGAUUAGCUAGAAAACGGGAAUUUCACCCACUACGAUUCGAUCAACAAAUAACACAUGAAACGUUUGCUGAAUUUUCAGAGCGCGUGACCCGACAACUUUGAACAAUUUUCCCAUCGCCAAAAUAGUCAACGGGCAAGCACUUGCAAAUGAAUAAAAGCAUCAAAUGGCGUGAGGAUGAAAUAUUUACAAAAGCUGCAUUUUUACGUUUCACAUUUGAAUGCUUACUUUUGAAACUGUAGCGAUAUCCAGUCCAAAGAAACACACUAUGAAAUCUAGAAAUGUCACGCGCGAUAACGUGACAAGAUGUACUAUCGCGUGACCUGUAAAAGUGCACGUUUUGUCUUCGGGUUACCUAUGACUGGAAAAAAUAUGACCUAAAUUGAUAAUUUGCAAACCAAGGCAUGAUAAAGGUUGCCAUAGUUGACUUCUAAUCUUUUUCUCUCCACAAUAUCUGCAAGUCGGAACGAUUAACAGGACAUAUUUGAGCGGCUGCGAAGAUUAACUACGGUUAACAACGAUUAACAGGAAAGUUUAAAAAAGAAUCAGAAGGUCAUUCUCUAUUGAAAACCAAAUGGUGUUAACCGUUUCAAUGCUUUGUUAAUCGUAAUAUUAUUCUAUCCAUGGAAUUAUCAUAAAACGUUAACCGACUUUUAACAAAGAAAGUUUCUGUAACACCCAUAGUUUAACCAAUUAUAAGCUCUGAGAAGCAAUUUCAACCUGACGGGAAACGGUUCCAUAUUGGAUUGACUAUUAUGACCCUAAAUAAACACUACGAACUCCUUUUCUUCGAAGAGAACUGUCAUACAAGUCUUGUUCAGACUCUUCUGAAAAAGGUAAAUUACUUUUCACAUUUUCCGAGCCUUCCAUUCCGGAACUUCAAGAAAAUAUGUAACAAUUAGCACGCGUUGUACGGCUAUUUCGAAAUUUGACUGUUUUAAAGAGGGUGCUGCAAAAAACGCAUAUGAGGUCUUGCUUUUCUAUGAGAAGAUGGUCUGGCGUGAAACUUUGUGCUCAAAACAGCUUCUGUAAAGUGCUUUUUAUUAGCAUGUUUUUGUUUUGUCCUUGCAAAUAUUCUUGCAAGAAAACGCGAAUCACCUUGUACACAGUGUAUUUGACUGGGAAAGGCGAUUUGCAGCCUUUAACGCAGCCAAAUAAGCCUGUUCUUUAUAAAUGUAGUACAUUUCAAAGAAAAGGAGAUAAUUAAUGCAAAAUGAGUGAAAGCAGAGGCGUUUAUGACAAGAAAACCAAUUGGUAUGUCUUACUUGAUUGGAGUGGUCAGUCAAGAACGUUUGCGAAAUUCAUUUUCCAUGCAUGGUUUUUACGCGCGCUUUGAGUGAAGAGUAGCGGGCAUACAUUGCGCUUUUUUCGAGGACGAAAAGGACGUUUCCGUCAAGCAGAUUAGCUAGAAAACGGGAAUUUCACCCACUACGAUUCGAUCAACAAAUAACACAUGAAACGUUUGCUGAAUUUUCAGAGCGCGUGACCCGACAACUUUGAACAAUUUUCCCAUCGCCAAAAUAGUCAACGGGCAAGCACUUGCAAUGAAUAAAAGAAUGAAAAGGCGUGAGAAUGAAAUAUUUACAAAAGCUGCAUUUUUACUUUUUACAUUUGAAUGCUUACUUUUGAAACUGUAGCGAUAUCCAGUCCAAAGAAACACACUAUGAAAUCUAGAAAUGUCACGCGCGAUAACGUGACAAGAUGUACUAUCGCGUGACCUGUAAAAGUGCACGUUUUGUCUUCGGGUUACCUAUGACUGGAAAAAAAUAUGACCUAAAUUGAUAAUUUGCAAACCAAGGCAUGAUAAAGGUUGCCAUAGUUGACUUCUAAUCUUUUUCUCUCCACAAUACCUGCAAGUCGGAACGAUUAACAGGACAUAUUUGAGCGGCUGCGAAGAUUAACUACGGUUAACAACGAUUAACAGGAAAGUUUAAAAAGAAUCAGAAGGUCAUUCUCUAUUGAAAACCAAAUGGUGUUAACCGUUUCAAUGCUUUGUUAAUCGUAAUAUUAUUCUAUCCAUGGAAUUAUCAUAAAACGUUAACCGACUUUUAACAAAGAAAGUUUCUGUAACACCCAUAGUUUAAGCAAUUAUAAGCUCUGAGAAGCAAUUUCAACCUGACGGGAAACGGUUCCAUAUUGGAUUGACUAUUAUGUCCCUAAAUAAACACUACGAACUCCUUUUCUUCGAAGAGAACUGUCAUACAAGUCUUGUUCAGACUCUUCUGAAAAAGGUAAAUUACUUUUCACAUUUUCCGAGCCUUCCAUUCCGGAACUUCAAGAAAAUAUGUAACAAUUAGCACGCGUGGUACGGCUAUUUCGAAAUUUGACUGUUUUAAAGAGGGUGCUGCAAAAAACGUAUAUGAGGUCUUGCUUUUCUAUGAGAAGAUGGUCUGGCGUGAAACUUUGUGCUCAAAACAGCUUCUGUAAAGUGCUUUUUAUUAGCAUGUUUUUGUUUUGUCCUUGCAAAUAUUCUUGCAAGAAAACGCGAAUCACCUUGUACACAAUCUUGGACAAAGCUGUUGAGAAAAUUGUAUACUUGGACAGCAUUUUUCUAAACAUCGUAGAUGUACCGGUUCUUCCCUCUCCCCCUUCCCCUGAAAGCAAUGUUGUUGUGUAUUCAAAAGAAAGCCUGAUGCCUGGGCGUUCGUGGGAAGCAACAUUGAAUUGGGGAAGGGGUUUUCCCGCAAAGGCGUCGUUUUGGAAAUAGCCUUGUUGCGUAGGAAAGUGGACAUGAUGGAGAAAACUUUCUCAAGUAGUUUUGUCCGGGAUUGUAUUUGACUGGGAAAGGCGAUUUGCAGCCUUUAACGCAGCCAAAUAAGCCUGUUCUUUAUAAAUGUAGUACAUUUCAAAGAAAAGGAGAUAAUUAAUGCAAAAUGAGUGAAAGCAGAGGCGUUUAUGACAAGAAAACCAAUUGGUAUGUCUUACUUGAUUGGAGUGGUCAGUCAAGAACGUUUGCGAAAUUCAUUUUCCAUGCAUGGUUUUUACGCGCGCUUUGAGUGAAGAGUAGCGGGCAUACAUUGCGCUUUUCGAGGACGAAAAGGACGUUUCCGUCAAGCAGAUUAGCUAGAAAACGGGAAUUUCACCCACUACGAUUCGAUCAACAAAUAACACAUGAAACGUUUGCCGAAUUUUCAGAGCGCGUGACCCGACAACUUUGAACAAUUUUCCCAUCGCCAAAAUAGUCAACGGGCAAGCACUUGCAAUGAAUAAAAGCAUCAAAUGGCGUGAGGAUGAAAUAUUUACAAAAGCUGCAUUUUUACUUUUCACAUUUGAAUGCUUACUUUUGAAACUGUAGCGAUAUCCAGUCCAAAGAAACACACUAUGAAAUCUAGAAAUGUCACGCGCGAUAACGUGACAAGAUGUACUAUCGCGUGACCUGUAAAAGUGCACGUUUUGUCUUCGGGUUACAUAUGACUGGAAAAAAAUAUGACCUAAAUUGAUAAUUUGCAAACCAAGGCAUGAUAAAGGUUGCCAUAGUUGACUUCUAAUCUUUUUCUCUCCACAAUAUCUGCAAGUCGGAACGAUUAACAGGACAUAUUUGAGCGGCUGCGAAGAUUAACUACGGUUAACAACGAUUAACAGGAAAGUUUAAAAAGAAUCAGAAGGUCAUUCUCUAUUGAAAACCAAAUGGUGUUAACCGUUUCAAUGCUUUGUUAAUCGUAAUAUUAUUCUAUCCAUGGAAUUAUCACAAAAAGUUAACCGACUUUUAACAAAGAAAGUUUCUGUAACACCCAUAGUUUAACCAAUUAUAAGCUCUGAGAAGCAAUUUCAAGCUGACGGGAAACGGUUCCAUAUUGGAUUGACUAUUAUGUCCCUAAAUAAACACUACGAACUCCUUUUCUUCGAAGAGAACUGUCAUACAAGUCUUGUUCAGACUCUUCUGAAAAAGGUAAAUUACUUUUCACAUUUUCCGAGCCUUCCAUUCCGGAACUUCAAGAAAAUAUGUAACAAUUAGCACGCGUUGUACGGCUAUUUCGAAAUUUGACUGUUUUAAAGAGGGUGCUGCAAAAAACGUAUAUGAGGUCUUGCUUUUCUAUGAGAAGAUGGUCUGGCGUGAAACUUUGUGCUCAAAACAGCUUCUGUAAAGUGCUUUUUAUUAGCAUGUUUUUGUUUUGUCCUUGCAAAUAUUCUUGCAAGAAAACGCGAAUCACCUUGUACACAAUCUUGGACAAAGCUGUUGAGAAAAUUGUAUACUUGGACAGCAUUUUUCUAAACAUCGUAGCUGUACCGGUUCUUCCCUCUCCCCCUUCCCCUGAAAGCAAUGUUGUUGUGUAUUCAAAAGAAAGCCUGAUGCCUGGGCGUUCGUGGGAAGCAACAUUGAAUUGGGGGAAGGGGUUUUCUUUCCGCAAAGGCGUCGUUUUGGAAAUAGCCUUGUUGCGUAGGAAAGUGGACAUGAUGGAGAAAACUUUCUCAAGUAGUUUUGUCCGGGAUUGUAUUUGACUGGGAAAGGCGAUUUGCAGCCUUUAACGCAGCCAAAUAAGCCUGUUCUUUAUAAAUGUAGUACAUUUCAAAGAAAAGGAGAUAAUUAAUGCAAAAUGAGUGAAAGCAGAGGCGUUUAUGACAAGAAAACCAAUUGGUAUGUCUUACUUGAUUGGAGUGGUCAGUCAAGAACGUUUGCGAAAUUCAUUUUCCAUGCAUGGUUUUUACGCGCGCUUUGAGUGAAGAGUAGCGGGCAUACAUUGCGCUUUUCGAGGACGAAAAGGACGUUUCCGUCAAGCAGAUUAGCUAGAAAACGGGAAUUUCACCCACUACGAUUCGAUCAACAAAUAACACAUGAAACGUUUGCUGAAUUUUCAGAGCGCGUGACCCGACAACUUUGAACAAUUUUCCCAUCGCCAAAAUAGUCAACGGGCAAGCACUUGCAAUGAAUAAAAGCAUCAAAUGGCGUGAGGAUGAAAUAUUUACAAAAGCUGCAUUUUUACUUUUCACAUUUGAAUGCUUACUUUUGAAACUGUAGCGAUAUCCAGUCCAAAGAAACACACUAUGAAAUCUAGAAAUGUCACGCGCGAUAACGUGACAAGAUGUACUAUCGCGUGACCUGUAAAAGUGCACGUUUUGUCUUCGGGUUACAUAUGACUGGAAAAAAUAUGACCUAAAUUGAUAAUUUGCAAACCAAGGCAUGAUAAAGGUUGCCAUAGUUGACUUCUAAUCUUUUUUCUCCACAAUAUCUGCAAGUCGGAACGAUUAACAGGACAUAUUUGAGCGGCUGCGAAGAUUAACUACGGUUAACAACGAUUAACAGGAAAGUUUAAAAAGAAUCAGAAGGUCAUUCUCUAUUGAAAACCAAAUGGUGUUAACCGUUUCAAUGCUUUGUUAAUCGUAAUAUUAUUCUAUCCAUGGAAUUAUCACAAAAAACGUUAACCGACUUUUAACAAAGAAAGUUUCUGUAACACCCAUAGUUUAAGCAAUUAUAAGCUCUGAGAAGCAAUUUCAACCUGACGGGAAACGGUUCCAUAUUGGAUUGACUAUUAUGUCCCUAAAUAAACACUACGAACUCCUUUUCUUCGAAGAGAACUGUCAUACAAGUCUUGUUCAGACUCUUCUGAAAAAGGUAAAUUACUUUUCACAUUUUCCGAGCCUUCCAUUCCGGAACUUCAAGAAAAUAUGUAACAAUUAGCACGCGUUGUACGGCUAUUUCGAAAUUUGACUGUUUUAAAGAGGGUGCUGCAAAAAACGUAUAUGAGGUCUUGCUUUUCUAUGAGAAGAUGGUCUGGCGUGAAACUUUGUGCUCAAAACAGCUUCUGUAAAGUGCUUUUUAUUAGCAUGUUUUUGUUUUGUCCUUGCAAAUAUUCUUGCAAGAAAACGCGAAUCACCUUGUACACAAUCUUGGACAAAGCUGUUGAGAAAAUUGUAUACUUGGACAGCAUUUUUCUAAACAUCGUAGAUGUACCGGUUCUUCCCUCUCCCCCUUCCCCUGAAAGCAAUGUUGUUGUGUAUUCAAAAGAAAGCCUGAUGCCUGGGCGUUCGUGGGAAGCAACAUUGAAUUGGGGAAGGGUUUUCUUCCGCAAAGGCGUCGUUUUGGAAAUAGCCUUGUUGCGUAGGAAAGUGGACAUGAUGGAGAAAACUUUCUCAAGUAGUUUUGUCCGGGAUUGUAUUUGACUGGGAAAGGCGAUUUGCAGCCUUUAACGCAGCCAAAUAAGCCUGUUCUUUAUAAAUGUAGUACAUUUCAAAGAAAAGGAGAUAAUUAAUGCAAAAUGAGUGAAAGCAGAGGCGUUCAUGACAAGAAAACCAAUUGGUAUGUCUUACUUGAUUGGAGUGGUCAGUCAAGAACGUUUGCGAAAUUCAUUUUCCAUGCAUGGUUUUUACGCGCGCUUUGAGUGAAGAGUAGCGGGCAUACAUUGCGCUUUUCGAGGACGAAAAGGACGUUUCCGUCAAGCAGACUAGCUAGAAAACGGGAAUUUCACCCACUACGAUUCGAUCAACAAAUAACACAUGAAACGUUUGCUGAAUUUUCAGAGCGCGUGACCCGACAACUUUGAACAAUUUUCCCAUCGCCAAAAUAGUCAACGAGCAAGCACUUGCAAUGAAUAAAAGCAUCAAAUGGCGUGAGGAUGAAAUAUUUACAAAAGCUGCAUUUUUACUUUUCACAUUUGAAUGCUUACUUUUGAAACUGUAGCGAUAUCCAGUCCAAAGAAACACACUAUGAAUUCUAGAAAUGUCACGCGCGAUAACGUGACAAGAUGUACUAUCGCGUGACCUGUAAAAGUGCACGUUUUGUCUUCGGGUUACAUAUGACUGGAAAAAAAUAUGACCUAAAUUGAUAAUUUGCAAACCAAGGCAUGAUAAAGGUUGCCAUAGUUGACUUCUAAUCUUUUUCUCUCCACAAUAUCUGCAAGUCGGAACGAUUAACAGGACAUAUUUGAGCGGCUGCGAAGAUUAACUACGGUUAACAACGAUUAACAGGAAAGUUUAAAAAGAAUCAGAAGGUCAUUCUCUAUUGAAAACCAAAUGGUGUUAACCGUUUCAAUGCUUUGUUAAUCGUAAUAUUAUUCUAUCCAUGGAAUUAUCAUAAAACGACUUUUAACAAAGAAAGUUUCUGUAACAUCCAUAGUUUAAGCAAUUAUAAGCUCUGAGAAGCAAUUUCAACCUGACGGGAAACGGUUCCAUAUUGGAUUGACUAUUAUGUCCCUAAAUAAACACUACGAACUCCUUUUCUUCGAAGAGAACUGUCAUACAAGUCUUGUUCAGACUCUUCUGAAAAAGGUAAAUUACUUUUCACAUUUUCCGAGCCUUCCAUUCCGGAACUUCAAGAAAAUAUGUAACAAUUAGCACGCGUUGUACGGCUAUUUCGAAAUUUGACUGUUUUAAAGAGGGUGCUGCAAAAAACGUAUAUGAGGUCUUGCUUUUCUAUGAGAAGAUGGUCUGGCGUGAAACUUUGUGCUCAAAACAGCUUCUGUAAAGUGCUUUUUAUUAGCAUGUUUUUGUUUUGUCCUUGCAAAUAUUCUUGCAAGAAAACGCGAAUCACCUUGUACACAAUCUUGGACAAAGCUGUUGAGAAAAUUGUAUACUUGGACAGCAUUUUUCUAAACAUCGUAGAUGUACCGGUUCUUCCCUCUCCCCUUCCCUGAAAGCAAUGUUGUUGUGUAUUCAAAAGAAAGCCUGAUGCCUGGGCGUUCGUGGGAAGCAACAUUGAAUUGGGGAAGGGUUUUCUUCCGCAAAGGCGUCGUUUUGGAAAUAGCCUUGUUGCGUAGGAAAGUGGACAUGAUGGAGAAAACUUUCUCAAGUAGUUUUGUCCGGGAUUGUAUUUGACUGGGAAAGGCGAUUUGCAGCCUUUAACGCAGCCAAAUAAGCCUGUUCUUUAUAAAUGUAGUACAUUUCAAAGAAAAGGAGAUAAUUAAUGCAAAAUGAGUGAAAGCAGAGGCGUUUAUGACAAGAAAACCAAUUGGUAUGUCUUACUUGAUUGGAGUGGUCAGUCAAGAACGUUUGCGAAAUUCAUUUUCCAUGCAUGGUUUUUACGCGCGCUUUGAGUGAAGAGUAGCGGGCAUACAUUGCGCUUUUCGAGGACGAAAAGGACGUUUCCGUCAAGCAGAUUAGCUAGAAAACGGGAAUUUCACCCACUACGAUUCGAUCAACAAAUAACACAUGAAACGUUUGCUGAAUUUUCAGAGCGCGUGACCCGACAACUUUGAACAAUUUUCCCAUCGCCAAAAUAGUCAACGGGCAAGCACUUGCAAUGAAUAAAAGCAUCAAAUGGCGUGAGGAUGAAAUAUUUACAAAAGCUGCAUUUUUACUUUUCACAUUUGAAUGCUUACUUUUGAAACUGUAGCGAUAUCCAGUCCAAAGAAACACACUAUGAAAUCUAGAAAUGUCACGCGCGAUAACGUGACAAGAUGUACUAUCGCGUGACCUGUAAAAGUGCACGUUUUGUCUUCGGGUUACAUAUGACUGGAAAAAAAUAUGACCUAAAUUGAUAAUUUGCAAACCAAGGCAUGAUAAAGGUUGCCAUAGUUGACUUCUAAUCUUUUUCUCUCCACAAUAUCUGCAAGUCGGAACGAUUAACAGGACAUAUUUGAGCGGCUGCGAAGAUUAACUACGGUUAACAACGAUUAACAUGAAAGUUUAAAAAGAAUCAGAAGGUCAUUCUCUAUUGAAAACCAAAUGGUGUUAACCGUUUCAAUGCUUUGUUAAUCGUAAUAUUAUUCUAUCCAUGGAAUUAUCAUAAAAAGUUAACCGACUUUUAACAAAGAAAGUUUCUGUAACACCCAUAGUUUAACCAAUUAUAAGCUCUGAGAAGCAAUUUCAAGCUGACGGGAAACGGUUCCAUAUUGGAUUGACUAUUAUGUCCCUAAAUAAACACUACGAACUCCUUUUCUUCGAAGAGAACUGUCAUACAAGUCUUGUUCAGACUCUUCUGAAAAAGGUAAAUUACUUUUCACAUUUUCCGAGCCUUCCAUUUCGGAACUUCAAGAAAAUAUGUAACAAUUAGCACGCGUGGUACGGCUAUUUCGAAAUUUGACUGUUUUAAAGAGGGUGCUGCAAAAAACGUAUAUGAGGUCUUGCUUUUCUAUGAGAAGAUGGUCUGGCGUGAAACUUUGUGCUCAAAACAGCUUCUGUAAAGUGCUUUUUAUUAGCAUGUUUUUGUUUUGUCCUUGCAAAUAUUCUUGCAAGAAAACGCGAAUCACCUUGUACACAAUCUUGGACAAAGCUGUUGAGAAAAUUGUAUACUUGGACAGCAUUUUUCUAAACAUCGUAGCUGUACCGGUUCUUCCCUCUCCCCCUUCCCCUGAAAGCAAUGUUGUUGUGUAUUCAAAAGAAAGCCUGAUGCCUGGGCGUUCGUGGGAAGCAACAUUGAAUUGGGGGAAGGGGUUUUCUUUCCGCAAAGGCGUCGUUUUGGAAAUAGCCUUGUUGCGUAGGAAAGUGGACAUGAUGGGGAAAACUUUCUCAAGUAGUUUUGUCCGGGAUUGUAGCGUUAACCAGACCUGGAGGACGUUUGCGAUCUCCGAUAAAGCGACGUCAAUGUUGCAGGGUAAUUACAGAAAAGAGCGCGGCAAUCGAGAAGCCCUGUGGAGGAGGUUGCAUUAGCUCAAUUCGGUAGAGCUGGAGAAAUAUAAUAACGGAAAAUUCUAUACAUUUUGUUAAGAAGACCCACUGAUAAAACAUAGCAACAUAGCAAGAACAGCAGAAGUACAACUCAACGAAAGACAACUGCUAUUAGAAGAAUAUCUGAUAGUCAAAACAUGUUUAUGUCCUGAAUUUGUCAAGAGAAAGGCAAAUGAAGACGGGAAGUUUACAUCAAUCGAGGUGAGCAUGCUAUAGAUAACAAUUAUUCACCGAAGUGGAGGUGGCUAGUCGUGGUAAUUUACCUAACGGCGAAACGGUGAGUUAAAUAGCCACGACUAGCCACCGACACUGAGGUGAAUAAUUGUUUUAGUAUGUACUUGAACAGUGAGAUAAUUGAGCACAAAAAUGAUGAUUUUUAACUCAAAUACUGUUGCCAACGAUUACAAUUUUGGCGCGUAAUGACCGGGCGUUCGCGGCCGUCGCUUUUUCUUGCCCACAAUUAAAACUUUUGAAGGCAUUUGUUUAGCUCUUGCGGGGAAAUUUCUUCAAAAGAAGUUGUGAAUUCUUUUUGUAUUUAAAAUCAUUGUAUAAAAAAAGAUUUUUAAGUUUAGUUUUAAGCUUAUUUAUGAACAACUCAACUAAAUAAAGUAACGCAAGAUUUAAACUUAAUUUGCAUUUGUAAACAAAAAACUUUUUCACCGGUUUUAUCGAUAAAUUCGUGUCAAAAAGACAAAGCUUUACCUGUUAAAUCUUCCAAUCCGAACUUCGUCACCUUCUUCGUGUAUUUCGGAAACAGCUUGCUUGAUUAGUUGUGAAAUUUCUUUGUUUGUUUACGGCAGCAAACCGGGAAGGCAUUUUGCUCGCAACUUACGCGAGUUUGGCGUCGCUCGCUCGGAGGAACUGGAGGUGAAUCAUUGAAUAGUGCAGGAUAUUCAUUGAUUGAGUAGCCAAUCAGAGCGCGAGAAAAACACUAUCCACUGUUUUAGUAUAUACUAAUUUGUUUUAGUGACUUAUUUUGAAUGAAUAAUGAGGCAGUUGUUCAAUUCUUCUUUCGUAUGAUCUCAAGAAUUAUGCAGAACUCGAAGGGUGAUGUUAUCCCCAUAAGCCGACACUCUCCUCGAUCUACGUACAUAAGUCUUCAGAAUAAUGGCUCGAGAAAUGUUAUUACUAUGUGGAACAAUCUGCGUAUAAUUAUCCAGCAAACCCAAAGUUGAGAGAUUUUAGCGUUAGUGGUUUGAAGGGAAUUUUUCGAGAGAAAGUUUUCACCGUAAAAUUUUAUGUAUUGUUUAUAUUUUGUUUGUUUAUUUGUUUUACAGAUGUGUGCUCGAGAGGAUGUCGAUUACUAAGGCCAAGAGAUUAACUCAAGGCUCGACAAAAUUGAGGCUGAAUUAGGCGGUCAAGAGAUAAAAUCAAGACUCGACGAAAUCGAGGCUAAAUUCGGCCAAGAGAUGAAAUCAAGACUCGCAGAAGUGGAGUCUAAACUUGAAUGUUUUGAUAAAAAGAUAAAAGGUGUGCGUGAAUGUUGUGAGAAAAAUCUAAGUAUGAUGGAAACCUUGCUAAAAAAAAUAAGCGCAUAGGAAAAGAAACUAUAAUGAUCCUCAGAUUAGAUGAUACAAACAUUGAAACGGAGCAAUG